UCACGGGGACAAGACUUUUGACGAUGACUUGAUUUCUGCCGACUGAUUGAACUGAACUGCGGUUACCAGCAGAAUACUGCGCGUAUUGCGGGGCGAAAGAGAUAAGUGCGAGUGAUUUGCUCCAGCCCGUCGUUUGUGCGUCGCGAGUUUGUUCGUUAAAUCUCGGCGAGUGACAAAACGCGAUAUUUUGAAAAAAAAAGAGAGAAAUACAUUAUAAACGAAGAUCUCUGUAGAUUCAUCUAGAUCUAGAUUAUAGUUAGUAGUUUAUUAAGCCACGAUUCUGCCGUUCGAACGAUUCGUGACUUUGUCAGAUUUCUCGAUUCAAGAUGAAGCGACAACAGUCUCAAGAACAGCAAAAGCUACAACAGCAACAACAAAUCAUGCAGGAACAACAACAACAACAAUACAUCCAGCAACGGACGGAAAGACAAAUCACGCGGCAACAGAUCACCAGUCAGCAGAGAGUUCAAGGGGAGAUUGUAAUGCAAACGACGCCAACGAUACCAGUAUUUACCGGUAAACCUGGCGAUCCAUCACCGCCGAUUUUCGAGCGAAUCUUUAAAAAUGCGAGAUUCGCGCAGGGCGGCAACGCGAUCUUCGAAGGCUGCGUCCGAGGCAAUCCGAAACCAACAGUUUCUUGGACGCACAAAGGAAUACCGUUGCUAGAAUCGCGAAAGAUUCGUAUGUCUUAUGAUGAAUAUACCGGAAUUGUCACACUCCAAAUUAAUCAGAUUGGUCCAGGGGAUGAGGGCGAGUACACGUGUAGUGCGAAGAAUCAAUUUGGAGAGGCGAUUUGCUCAGUUUACAUACAACCAGAGGGAUUCGGUCCUCCAGCGCAACAGCUGACAGAUAGCUAUAAGAAGGAAUUUACGCAAAGCGUUCAGUCGAGCGAACAGAAAAUGCAGACUGGCAAUCAGGUCUUCCAACAACGCAGUUAUCAACAAACGGUAGAUAAACGAAGUUACGUUAAUGGCACGACUACGAGCAUCGAAGAUUUUAAGGUUGAUACUUUUGAAUACCGAUUAUUGCGCGAAUCGGAGUUUCGGGAAUCGAUCACUCGCCGUUUCGUGGGUGAAUCCGAUUUGCAAAUUUCUACGACAGUUGAUCGUACCUUAGGACCGAUUGCCCCUCCGCAAAUCUCUCAGAAACCGAGAAAUUCGAAACUCGUCGAAGGAUCGGAUGCCGUCUUCACCGCGAAAAUAACGGGCAAUCCUAAACCAAGGUUAACAUGGUUCAAGAACGGCCAAAGAAUCCGAGAUACCCAACGCGUGGAGACGAGUUAUUCGAAUCAGCAGGCUACCUUACGAAUCCGAGUCGCCCUGCCGGAAGACAGCGGUCAUUAUACAUUAUUGUGCGAAAAUCCCCAAGGCUGCACCGUUAGCUCCGCUUAUCUGGCAAUUGAGUCCAGCGAUCAAGUAGAUCAAGUUCCGUAUCAAGUGCAAAGAGAAUUCAUUAAGACUCAACAAAUGGAAUCGACCGCUGAGUCUACUGACUCUGGCAAGGUUCUGCCACCGAAUUUUGUUCGCACCAUCACAGACAGAGAAGCUACCGAAGGCAAGAUGACGCGAUUUGACUGUCGCGUAACUGGUCGUCCGUAUCCCGAAGUCACUUGGUACAUAAAUGGUCAACAAGUCGCAAAUGACAUGACUCAUAAAAUCCUCGUAAAUGAAUCCGGUAACAAUUCAUUGAUGAUUACGAAUGUGAGUCGUGCCGACGCCGGCAUAGUAACAUGCGUCGCUCGAAAUAAAGCUGGUGAAACCUCCUGUCAGUGUAAUUUAAACGUUAUCGAGAAGGAACAAGUGGUCGCGCCGAAAUUUGUAGAGCGUUUUGUCACAACGAGCGUGAAGGAAGGAGAACCCGUUGUCUUUAUGGCACGCGCAGUCGGCACGCCGAUUCCACGCGUCACAUGGCAAAAGGACGGCGUGCCAAUAACGCCUGGCCCCGAAAUACGUAUAUCGAGCGACGGUAGCGGAGCUUCUACUUUGGAUAUUCCAUGCGCCAAGUUCUCAGAUGCAGCUUGGUACCAAUGUACCGCUCAAAAUGUAGCCGGUUCCACCGCGACACGAGCGCGGCUCUUCGUCGAGACGCCAAAAGGAACGGCCCCGGAACCAAGACGCCUGAACUUACCCCGACCAACGAAAGUCAUCGAACCAGAACCAGCGCCUGGCCCCGAAGUGAUUUAUUUGAGACACGUGGAACGUGCCAAGCCUUACUUGCCGCCUCCUGAAGAAGAUAAGAUUUAUCCGCCGCCACGUUUCAUUAUACCCUUAAGGGACGUUCAUCAAAUCGAAGGUGGACGAAUUCACUUCGAGGCCAGAAUCGAACCGGUGGGCGAUCCUACAAUGAGGGUGGAGUGGUAUGUCAAUGGCAAAGCACUCGAUGCGAGUUCUCGAGCGACUUCCAUCUUCCGUUUCGGUUUUAUUUCACUCGAUCUCAUUAGCAUCGUUCUUCAAGAUAGCGGCGAAUACUUGUGCCGUGUUGUAAGCUCUACCGGAGUCGCCGAAUCUCGAGCCACCCUCAGCGUAACCCCACGCGCCACUAUUGAACAAGCGAGCCAAUACCCCGACAGUCUCCAGUAUAUCCAGCAGCUCGAGGAUUACAACAAGUACCAAAGGCAGGAGAGCAUGGAGGAGACCUCUUCACAGCGGCCGGUUUUCAUCCGCCCGCUCCAGGAUCUUGGUGAGCUACAGGAAGGUCGUAACGCCCAUUUCGAGGCGCAAUUGACGCCUGUUAGCGAUCCCACCAUGAAAGUGGAGUGGUACAAGGAUGGAAAACCAAUCACAGCCAGCUCGAGAAUCACUAGCAUCUUCAACUUCGGUUACGUCUCACUCAAUAUAAUGCACCUACGGGCUGAAGAUGCGGGUUCUUAUACUGUUAGAGCUGUGAACCGCUUGGGAGAGGCCAUCAGCACCGCGACUCUCCGUGUCUUCGCGCGAACAAGCGUAACGACAGACUUGGGUAUCCCCGAGCAAUUGAGAUACAUCGAGGCUGCCGAGGAAUUGGAAGCGUAUCAACAGGCGAUGCACCAGAAGUACGUGCAGGAGCAGCCUGAACCGACUAGCCCACCGGAAUUUAAAUCACCUAUUAAAGAUCAAAGCGGCAUACGAGAAGGCGGAUUUGCUCAUUUUGAAGCGCGCCUCGAACCAGUCGGUGAUGCCGAUCUUCGUGUCGAGUGGCUUAAGGAUGGACGACCUGUAGAAGCCAGUUCCCGAAUUACAACCUUUUUCAAUUUCGGUUACGUGGCGUUGACCAUCAAAUAUGUAACAAUACAUGAUGUCGGUGUAUACACUUGCCGAGCUUACAACAGGGCUGGCGAAGCUCAUACUACUGCUCAAUUAAGCGUAAUUAGUAAGAACGACGUUAUUUACGACAGUCAGCAUCCCACCGGUCUUCAAAAAAUUCAAUCUCUCGAAGAUUCGAGCAGAUAUUCGCGACAGAUUCAGGAAGAAACACAGGUUACGCAGGCGCCACGAUUCUUAGGCAAUCUUAAAGGCACGAAUAAGAUUGUAGAGGGUCAACGGGCGCAUUUUGAGGCGCGCGUUGAACCUCAAAGCGAUUUGACCAUGAAGAUCGAGUGGUACCACAACGGCAAAGCUAUCACUGCCGCUAAUAGAAUUCAGACGUAUCACGAUUUCGGAUACGUCGCCAUUGACAUCCUUCAGGUUCGUCCCGAAGAUGCUGGCACGUAUACUGUUGUGGCUAGAAACUCUCGCGGGGAAGCUCGUUUGUCCGCUACCAUGACUGUAGAGACGCGUUCUAGCAUAGAUACUAGCAGCAUGCACCGCGGCACUUACGAGAAGACUCAACGCUUAGAAGAAUCCAAGUUCAUCGAGCCACAUUAUCAUAUUGAAGAAAUCUCCAAAUCAAAACCGAUCUUUAUCCAGCCGUUAAGUGAUCCUAAGCCGGUUAGCGAGGGCAAGAAUAUUCACUUGGAAUGUCGCUUGGAACCAAUGGGCGAUCCAACGAUGAGAGUUGAAUGGUUCCAAAACGGACGUCCGGUCACGGUUGGCUCCAGAUUCAGGACUUAUUACGAUUUCGGAUUUGUCGCGCUCGACAUAGUACAUACUACCGUUUAUGAUUCCGGCGAAUAUACCGUCAGAGCCACCAAUCAUCUGGGCACCGCGCAUACUUCCGCUUGCGUGAGAGUCAUCGGAAGAUCCGACGUCGUUACCGAAACGCAGAACGAACAAUCGCUCGAGCAGAUACAAAUGUUGGAGGACUCAUUGAGGUAUCGUAAAACUCAACAAGAGGAAGUCACAGUGAUGCAAGCACCUCAGUUCACUCGACCUUUGCACAACAUCGAAACAGUGGAACUGACCAACGUUCAUCUCGAAUGUCGUCUACAGCCUGUUGGUGACGCAACCAUGAAAGUUGAUUGGUUCGUCAACGGCCGACCAGUAAAAACUGGUCACCGAUUUAGACCAUCUUACGAAUUUGAUUACGUGGCUUUAGAUAUCCUCGGCGUAUAUCCUGAAGAUUCUGGCGUGUAUACCUGUCAAGCUAGAAAUCAGCUUGGCGAGGCAGUUACUUCGUGUUCUGUAAGAGUUCACGCAAAAAAAGAUUUAAUUCUGGAAUCUCAACAUCCUGAAGGAUUAGAAAGGAUACAAUACUUGGAGGAUGCUUCUAGAUACAAGAGACAUGAACUCAUUGACGAGGUUGUGAAUGUAAAGCCGAAAUUUAUUACAAAACCGAAAAACCAGGAAAAUCUUCGCGAAGGACAACACGCUCAUUUUGAAUGUAAAUUGGAACCGGUAACGGAUUCGAAUUUGAAGGUCGAGUGGUUCAAAAAUGGUCGUCCAGUAACGAUAGGACACCGUUUCCGUCCGAUUCAUGAUUUCGGUUAUGUCGCAUUGGACGUAAUUGAUCUGAUCGCUGAGGACUCUGGAACUUACACGUGUCGUGCCGUUAAUCUGGUAGGAAGCGACGAAGUAAGCUGCAUCUUAACAUGUCGCUCGGGCGCGCAAAUCUUAACAGAUACGCAAAAUGAGCUUGGACUUGAACAGAUUCAGUAUCUCGAAGAUAGAUCCAAAUAUCAUAGACAAGAGAUUAUUGAAGAAACCACCACUCAGGCGCCUAUUUUCACGACUUCGUUAAAUAACGUCGAGAUAAAAGAAGGCCAGCGAGCUCAUUUCGAGUGCAGACUAAUUCCAGUGUCCGAUGCAACAAUGAAAAUUGAAUGGUUUCACAAUAAUAAUCCGGUGAAAGCAGGCUCAAGAUUUGUCGAAACAAAUAGCUUCGGUUUCGUCGCUCUCGAUAUUAUGUAUGCAUAUCCCGAAGAUUCUGGAACAUAUACUUGCAGAGCUAAAAAUAUUAUCGGAGAAGCUAUAACUUCUGCAACCGCUAUCGUUCACUCCAAAAAAUCAAUCUACACAGAGACUCAAAAUGAGGAAACACUUCAACGUCUUCGCACCUUGGAAGACACGUCUCGUUAUCAACGUAAAACAACAACCGAGGAAAUUAUUACGCAAGCUCCUGUCUUCACGUUACCGAUAAAAGAUCUCCGUGUUGCUGAGAAUCAAGCAGCGCAUUUCGAAGCACGUGUCAUCCCAGUUGGAGAUGCUAAGCUCAAGGUGGAAUGGCUUCGUAAUGGAGUUCCAAUUUCAGCCUCAAAUCGUGUAACAACCAUGCACGACUUUGGAUACGUCGCUUUAAACAUGAAGUACGUUAAUCCUGAAGAUUCAGGUACUUAUACGUGUCGUGCGACAAACGAGCUCGGAGAAGCGGUUACUUCUGCAACAUUAUUCGUUCAAUCCAAGGCAGCCUUGCAGUUUGAAUCACAACACGAAACUGCUUUGUCGAAACUCCAAGCUUUGGAAGAUACCUCGAAAUAUCAACGUCGUGAAGAAGAAGAGAUCGUGGUAAAAGAAAAACCAUCCUUUACGGUUCAGUUGAAUGGACCUACCAAUCUAAUUGAAGGUCAAAGCGCACACUAUGAGUGUCGCAUAGAACCCUAUCCUGAUCCCAACAUGAAGGUGGAGUGGUUCCACAAUGGCAAACCAUUAUCCACCGGUCACAGGUAUAGAACUACCUGCGACUUUGGGUUUGCAUCGUUGGACGUGUUGACUGUAUAUGCCGAAGAUUCGGGCACAUAUACUUGCCAGGCUACCAAUAAAUUGGGAUCCGCGAGAAGUUCGAUUAAUCUCGACGUGAAAUCUCGAGCAUCGAUUAUUCACGAUACACAGCAUGAGAGCGCAUUGAAAAAGAUACAAUAUCUUGAGGACGAUUCGAGAUAUAAGCGCAUAGUCGAAGAAGAUACAAUUAUCGCCGAGAAGCCUGCUUUUGGGCGACCGCUGAAAAAUAUUGAACAUUUACCGGAAGGCAAAAAUGCCCAUCUCGAAGCUACAUUGACUCCCGUAAACGAUCCGACGAUGGUCGUCGAGUGGUUUAGAGACGGGCGUCCCAUUCCUCAGGGACAUAAAUUCAAAACGACCUAUGACUUUGGAUAUGUCGCUCUCGAUAUUCUUUACGCUUAUCCCGAAGAUUCGGGUACCUACAUGUGUAAAGCGAGGAAUGCCGUCGGCGAGGCUGUUACUACUUGCAUGAUCAGCGUGGAUUCAAAACAAGGCUUAUACCUUGACACAUUGGAUGCUCAACGUUUGCAAAAGAUUCGAGAAUUGGAAACUGUCGAAAUCAAAGAAGAAGUCGAAAAGGAGGUUAUUCAUCAGAAACCUGUCUUCUUGACACCGCUAAACAAUCUGGAUCAUCUCAAGGAAGGCGAGCAUGCUCACCUGGAAUGUCGCGUGGAGCCAAUUAACGAUCCAAACUUGAAAAUUGAAUGGUUUGUCAAUGGAGUUGCAAUUAAAACUGGUCAUCGCUUCCGCACUACACACGAUUUUGGCUACGUGGCUCUCGAUAUUCUGUAUACCUAUCCCGAAGAUUCCGGUACUUAUAUGUGUAAAGCAACCAAUUUGGCCGGCGAAGCCGUUAAUACCUGUACUAUUAAAGUCAGUUCACGACGAAGUAUUCUUUUGGAUACCCAACAUCCGGAUGGUUUAGAAAAGAUUCGAGAAUUAGAAGCUCAGGGUCAUCCCGCACGGUUAGAAGUUGAGGAACCGCCAGUGACACCACCAAGAUUUGUCACCGAGCUUAGAGGCACAACUGAAGUAUAUGAAGGACAAACCGCUCAUUUCGAAUGCCAAGUGGAGCCUUUGCACGACGCUAAUCUGAGAAUUGAAUUCUUCCACAACGGUAAACCUUUACCAUCGGCGGCGCGGUUCCAUGUGACCUUCGAUUUCGGAUACGUGGCAUUAGAUAUCGGUCACGCCGUACCUGAGGACGCAGGACAAUAUUCUGUACGUGCGAUAAACGCGCUAGGACAAUGUGUGUCGUCCAUCGAGCUCAAAGUAAUCCCACGAGAUAGUAUUAUUUUGGAUUCGCAACGACCCGAGGGAAUGGACAAGAUCCGGGAACUCGAAGCUCAACAGCCAUGGAAACGACCAGAUGUACCGGAACCUCAAACUCGGCAGCGUCCUGUCUUUACUCAACCAUUACAAAAUAUUGACAAUAUCGCUGAAGGUCAUACCGCACAUUUCGAAUGCAGACUUAUACCCGUAGGUGAUCCCAUGCUCAAAGUGGAAUGGUUUAGAAACGAAGUACCCUUAGAGACAAGUUCGCGAAUUACAAAAGUACAUGACUUUGGCUACGUAUCUCUGGACAUCGCUCACGUACGUGAUGAAGACGAAGGUGUUUACAUGUGUCGCGCUUCUAAUCCAUUGGGUGAAGCGGUUACAACGGCUUCGAUGAAGAUUAAAACCAAGGCCAGCAUACAAUUGGAUACUCAGCAUCCGGAGGCGCAACGUAGAAUCGCUCAAUUGGAAGCCAAGGAAGUUGGGCGACCCGAGGAGCCGGAAAAGGUCUUUGAUAAACCGAUUUUCACGCAAUUAUUAACCGGGCCAACGGAACUCUGGGAAGGACAAAUGGCUAGAUAUGAAUGCAGAGUCGUUCCUGUCGGCGAUGCAAAUUUAAAAUUCGAGUGGUAUAUGAACGGAGUCGAAUUAAAAAUGGGUUCACGUUUUCACGUAAAUCAUGACUUUGGAUAUGUAACGUUAGAUAUUUUGAAAGUUAUCCCCGAAGAUUCCGGUGUCUAUACUUGCAAAGCAAUCAACAAUGCAGGUGAGGCGGUUUCAUCGAUUUCCCUGAAAGUGAAAGCGCGUUCGGCUAUCGCUUCUGAAAGCAUACAAGCGGACGCGUGGCAAAAGAUUCAAUUGAAGGAAGCAGAGAUGAAUAAGGUACCAGAAAUGUUUAUCGACACGACACCACAACAGGCACCAGUUUUCACCAAGCAUCUUGAGAGCUUCGAUAAAUUGGUAGAAGGUCAACGUGUUUACUUAGAGGCUCAGGUAGAGCCGCGAGCGGAUCCCAACUUAAGAGUAGAAUGGUUUAAAAAUGGUAUAUCUCUACAGACUGGAACUAGACUUCGUAGUACGUUCGAUUUUGGUCUAGUAACAUUGUCAAUCAACGGCUUGAGACCUGAUGACUCCGCAAUUUAUACUUGCAAAGCAACUAAUCUUUUGGGAGAGGCUGUGUCAACUUGUAGCUUAAAAAUUGCCGAUCGUCACUGGUUACUGGGAGAUACUUUGCAUCCGGACGCUUUGCCGAAAAUCGAUGCCUUGGAGCAGCCUCAGAUAAUUUCUACCGAACAACCGGAACCUACUUACGAGGAGCCCGUCUUCAUCACUCACCUGAACAACGUGGAGUGCAUCGAAGGUGAUAACGCUCACUUUGAAUGCAAUGUAGAGCCAUCAAAAGAUCCAACUAUGAAGAUUGAAUGGUUCUUGAACAGUAAACCUUUACCGACCGGUGCGAGAUUUAAGAGCACUUACGACUUCGGCUAUGUCGCAUUGGAUUUGACUCAUGCUUACGAAGAAGAUUCUGGCAUAAUUACAGUAAAAGCUACAAAUUUGAAGGGAAGCGCGCAGACAUCAGGUACUUUAAAAUGCACCAGCAAACAAAACAUUUAUCUACAAACGCAACAUCCUCAAGGAGAAGCUGGACUUGAAAAAGUGAAAGAAGCAGAAGAUGCUUAUCUAUCAAAAUACAAGAGACCAGAAGAAGGUCCUGAACACGAAUAUCCUAAACCGAUCUGGACGGUGCCACUUAAACCUGAAUUUAAACUGGGAGAAUCCGAACCGUUACAUUUGGAAGGACAAGUCGAACCAAAAGAUGAUCCCAAUUUAAAAAUUGAUUGGUAUUUUAAUGGAAAACCUUUGGAACAUGGUUCGCGCUUCAAAAUGACUAGUGAUUUUGGAUUUGUUACUUUAGAUUUAACGGAUGUUUAUGAGCGCGAUUCCGGUAUUUACACCUGCAAAGCUUAUAAUAAAGCGGGCGAAGCCUUUACAUCGACAACAAUUUAUUGCUCCACAAAAGAAAAUAUCAUUGAAAAAUCGCAGCAUCCUAAAGGUAAAGAGGGUCUCGAAGCGAUCCAAGACUUGGAAGAAUCCUUGAAACGACAAGAAGGAAUUCCACCAGGAGAAGAAGAGGGUCAACCACCGAUGUUUACGUCGCAAUUUGAAAAUCUAACUAAUCUGUCGGAGGGAGAGAUCGCUCACUUUGAAGCGUCUCUCAUCCCUACUGGUGAUCAAACCAUGGUAGUUGAGUGGUUUUACAAUGGCAAAGCUUUAGAAGCCAGUCAUCGCACGAGAACUGUUUAUGCUUUCGGUAUGGUUGUUCUCGAGGUUCUCGGCACUAAAAUAGAAGAUUCGGGUACUUAUACCUGUAGAGCCACCAACAAAUGGGGUAAAGCAGAGAUUAGCGUACAGCUUGAAUGCAUUGACAAGUCUAAAGGACAAAAACCUAAAUUUACAACGCAUAUACAGUCUUUGGAGGGUUUGAAAGAUGGGCAAUCGGCUCACUUUGAAUGUACUCUCAUCCCAGUAGGAGAUCCUCACAUGAAAGUUGAAUGGUUCCACAAUGGAAAACCAUUACGGCAUUCCUCGCGUUUCAAGAUGGUUUCCGAUUUCGGCUUUGUAGUUAUGGAUAUCGCCGGAGUGAUGUCUCACGACACUGGUGAAUACGUUUGCAAAGCUAGCAACAAGUACGGCGAGGAUUAUACAAAAGCUACAAUCAAGUGCUUUGGCAAGAGCGGAGUUUACUUGGAUUCUUUACAACCAGAUUCGCUCGCUAGAAUACGAGAACUCGAAAGUUACACUGCAGAACAAGCGAUUACUCCCACUACACCCGUUGCCGAACCGCCGAAAUUCAUCACGCAAAUCGUUGAUAUUACGAAACUGGUAGAAGGACAGUCUGCACAUUUCGAAGCCAGACUGACACCGAUAAACGAUCCCGAUUUAAAAGUCGAGUGGUAUUAUAAUGGCAAGAAACUUCCUCACGGCCAUCGAUAUCGUACCUUUCACGACUUUGGUAUUGUUAUCCUGGACAUACUUUAUUGUUACGAAGAAAAUUCUGGAGUUUAUGAAUGCAGAGCCGUCAACAAGUACGGCGAAGAUUCUACGAAAGCAUCGCUCAAAUGCUUCUCCAAGGCUAAUCUUAUUUUAGAGUCGCAACUUCCAAAAGGCAUGGAAGGUGGUCUAGAAAAAAUUCAAAAUCUCGAAGAUUCAAUGAUACGUACGAGAGAUGAAAAGAUUGUAGAAGAACGUGGUAAAGCUCCAAUGUUUACUGUACCUUUAAGUAAUAUCGAUGGUCUACGCGAAGGAGAAAGCGCGCAUUUCGAGGCACGAUUAAUACCUACAGACGAUCCAAAAUUAAAGGUCGAAUGGUUCUGGAACGGUAAACCAUUGCGAACGGGAUCUCGUUUCCGCACUUUUUGCGAUUUUGGUUUCGUCAUUUUGGAAAUUUCUCCCAUUUAUCCUGAGGACUCGGGUGAAUAUAGUUGUAGAGCGACGAAUGACUACGGUGAAGCGGUGACGACGUGCACUAUGAAAUGUACGGGCAAACGUAGUAUUAUUUUGGAGUCUCAGCUACCCAAAGGAAUGGAAAGUACAAUUGAUAAGAUCGCCGAAUUAGAAGGCCUUGGAACCGCUCCGGGACAAGCCAGUCCUGAGGAUGACACCGGAAGACCGCCUGAAUUUAUCACAACUCCUUCUGAUUUGACUUUGGCUGAAAAUUCUCUUGCUCAUUUUGAAUGUCGACUUCAGCCAAUUAAUGAUUCUAGCAUGAGAGUCGAAUGGUUUCACAAUGGCAAGCCUCUUCUCGCUGGCAGUCGAAUCAAGACAAUUCACGACUUUGGUUUUGUUAUUCUUGAAGUUGCAAACUGCUAUCAACGUGAUUCUGGUCUAUAUACUUGCAAAGCAACCAAUCGCCAUGGCGAAGCCACAGUAUCGUGCAAACUUCAAGUUCGCGGACGUCAAGGUAUUAUCUUGGAGCCACAAUUACCGACCAAUUUCAAAACCGGUACAGAAAGCAUUCAGAAAUUAGAAGAAUCUUUGUAUAAGAGGGAUGAGAUCCUAGCAGAAGAAGAAACACCGAAUCCACCGAAGUUCACCGUCGAGCUUAAAGACAUCGAAGUUGAAGAAGGUGGACCGAGUCAUUUUGAUUGCAGAGUUGAACCUGUAGGUGAUUCUACUAUGCGCAUCGAUUGGUUCCACAACGGUCGGCCCUUCGCGACCGGCUCUCGAGUUCAUCAGAUUAAUGAUUUCGGAUUUAUAUCGCUGGAUAUGUCAUAUACAUACGCGCGAGACAGCGGCGAGUACGUCUGCAGAGCCACUAAUAAAUGGGGCUCUGCUACUACCAAGGCCACUAUCACUUGCAAAUCCAAGAAAACGAUAGAUUUCGAUUCUCAAUUACCAACGGGAAUGAGCGGAGAGAAACUGAAGGAAUUGGAACGAGGACCAGUAUCUCAAGCUCCCGCAGAAGAAGCGCCACGACAACCGCCGCAUUUCAUCACGCAGAUUCAAUCAGCAACCGUCGAUGAAGGUGAACCGGUCAGAUUUGAAUGCCGUGUGGAGCCCAAGGACGAUCCUAACUUACGCAUCGAAUGGUAUAGAAAUAGUAAAUUGAUACCUGCUGGGCACAGAUAUAGAACGGUAUAUGAUAUGGGAUUCGUAUCAAUGGAUAUCUUGUACGUCUACCCCGAGGAUUCCGGUGAAUAUGUUUGCAAAGCCAUCAAUGAUCUCGGAGAAGACACUACUCGAGCUGCCAUAUCUUGCAAAAAAUUACCAAACAUUAUUCUGCAAAAUCAAGUGCCCAAGGGUAUGAAGAAAUCUGAGGCCUUGAUGCAAAUGGAAGCGACAAUUAAAAAGUAUACUUCGGAAAUUCACUUAACCGAAGACGAUCUAUAUGACGCGGACAAAAAACAGCCGCCUCGCUUUGUCACGCAAAUUCAAGAUCAGACCGAUCUAGUUGAAAUGAAUAGCACUAAGUUCGAAUGUCAAUUAGCACCAGUGGGAGAUCCAAAUAUGAAGGUUGAAUGGUUCUUCAAUGGAAAACCAUUACCUCAUAAGAAUCGAUUUACGCCUAUCUACGACUUUGGCUAUGUAGCGAUGAACUUUGGUUGGGUCUAUCCAGAAGACAGUGGCGAGUAUUUAUGCAGAGCUACAAAUCUUUAUGGAAUGGAUGAGACCAGAGCUAUAAUUAGAACUGCAGGAAAACCUGGAAUUAUCUACGAGUCUCAGCUUCCAAAAGGCAUGAAAAGUAUCGAGAAGAUCAGAGAAAUGGAAGCAGCAUGGCAAAUUGCACCUGAAGAAGAAGGUGAAGAAGAAAAAGUACGCUCGGCGCCUGUUUUCGUGAGCAAACCAGAAGCGGUGACCGUUGAAGAAGGCGAUUGGUCUAGAUUCUGCUGUCGGGUCACUGGAUAUCCAAGGCCUCGAGUUAUGUGGAUCAUCAAUGGCCAUACAGUAGUUAAUGGAUCUCGCUAUAAACUAACAUACGACGGUAUGUAUCAUCUUGAUAUCCCGAAGACCAGACAAUACGAUCACGGCAAGGUGGAAGUGAUUGCAAGAAGCUCCGUUGGCGAAGCACGUACAGAAACGACUCUAACGGUCAAACAGCGAAGUGACGACUAUCGUGGUGUAUUGAAAAAUUCUCCAAGACCCUGGUACGAUUAUGGGCUAACACAGUACCAAACCGAGCGACAGAACACAGAAUUGGAGCGCGUAUUCGAUGAACGCCAUCAAAGCGUUUCUCAAGGCAUCGAAAUUGUCACGGAACAUCUUGGUCCUAAAGUCAUUAAAGAACCCGAGACUGAAUGGCAAAAAUCUGUCAAGAGCAAGAGGAAGGAAGAGGAUUAUUAUAAUAAGCUAACGAGCCUUGAAGAAGAACAAGUACUUAAAGAAACCAGAUUAAGGGAAGCUUCGCAUCAGUUUGCAAUUCCUGGCGAAAAAGUUGUUGCACAUUCUCUAGCAAAGGGAAUGGCUCAGAAGUACGAAGAGAAUUUGGAGGAACAACCUCAGCAACCAGCAGAACCAACUCCAAAAUAUGUAAAGAAACCAUUUGUUACCGAAGUAGAUAUAGACACGGAACGCGUUAAAGCCGCUGGAAAAUAUCCUCCGGGCCCAUCCGAAUCCACAAUUCAUGGUCGCGAGGUUCAUGUAGCUAAACAAAAACAGACGCAAAAGGAAGUCAAAGGUGACUUAGAAAUAACGAGAAAGAUCACAGCAACGGAAACUACAGAAGUAGAACACAAAGCGAAGACGCAGGAACGUGUGGUUCAAGGGCAAGUGAAACCUGCUAAACCACCUGUUUUCACGAAAAAGAUUCAACCGUGCAGAGCAUUUGAGCAAGAACAGGCGAAAUUUGAAGUAGAAUUCGAUGGCGAUCCACUACCGACCAUCAAAUGGUAUCGCGAAGAUUUUCCCAUACAAAACUCAGCCGAUCUCCAAAUUUAUACCUUCAGCACCAAAUCGGUAUUAAUUAUCAGACAAGUUUUUAUGGAAGACUCCGGCGUCUUUUCCGUCAUUGCUGAGAAUAGAGGAGGAAAAGCCAAGUGCAGCGCUAAUUUGGUCGUGGAGGAACGUAGAAGGCAACCUGGAAGAGGUGGUGCAGUGCCACCUAGUUUCUUAUCCACGAUACAAUCUACUUCUGUAGCAACUGGACAGCUUGCCAGGUUUGAUGCUAAAAUUACUGGCACCAAACCUCUGGAUGUUUAUUGGCUCAAGAAUGGCAAGAAGAUAACGGCAGAUAUCCGUUACAAAACUUUAGAAGAGGACAAUACGUAUACACUUCUGAUAUUAGAAACAAUACCGGAGGACACUGGCAAGUAUGAAUGCGUUGCAAUUAACAACGCCGGAGAAGCGCGAUGCGAAGCAGAAUGUAUCGUUCGCGGACCUCAAUCGCCGACAAAAGUUGCAAAACCCACAACGCCAACGGUGGAAAAAGCACCAACUGUUUUGGAACCAUUAAGAGAUCAAACUAUCAAAGAGGGAACAUCCGUUGCCUUCGCUUGCAGAAUUACAGGAAAGCCUGUUCCGACUGUGCAGUGGAAGAAAGCCGAUAAGGUGAUUAAACCGUCAAAGUAUUUCCAAAUGCAAAAGGAAGGCGAUUUAUGUACUCUGAGAAUUUCCGAAGCGUUCCCCGAAGACGAAGGUGUUUAUAAAUGCAUUGCUAAAAAUCCCGCUGGUGAUGUAACAACAUCCGCCAAUCUCAGAGUUCUUGCGCCCGAUACAGCUGACGUUCUGCCAAAAUUGACGCCUCUUAAGGAUCAGAUAGUCGUUGAGGGACAGCCGGCUCAAUUCAAGACUCAAGUGACUCCAACAAAGCCUAAGCCGACGAUUCAGUGGUAUCGAGAAGGUGCUUUAAUUCCACAAUCGCCAGAUUUUCAGAUGAUUCACGAAGGCAACAAUGCGGUACUACUCAUAGCAACCACAUACGAGGAGGAUACUGGCACUUUCACCUGCCGUGCUACAACUUCAGUCGGUACCGUAGAAACGUCCGCCAAACUCAUCGUCAAAAAAAGAAAAGAAGCCUAUUAUGAGGUUUCCGCAGAAACGGAUGCCAAUAUAGAAAUAGAUGCAAAAUUUCAGCAAGAUUUAAAAGAAGAUAUUAUUUUAAAAUCUUUUGCUCUCGAUGAGAAUGGCUUACCGCUUAAAGUACCGCUUCAACCAGGUGAUGAAUCGCUACCCUGGAGAAAAGAGCGCGUUCAGCAUCGACCUCGAAUUAGUGACUCACUUCCAUGGAGAAAAACAAGAUCAAGAGAUUCCUCUUUAGACAAACUUCGAGCUUUUGAAAGUCAAAUAAAACCAUGGACUGAGGAAGAAGUGACUUUGAGAAAAACUCCCAAAAUUAUCAAAGAUGUAACUAAAGAAAAACUGGAAGAGGUUGAAUUAAAACCGACGAAGAUCGAGAAGAAAGAAAUUCAUAGACCCGAUCUUGAAACGAUCCAACUAAAACCUGUGCCUAAAGAUGUAACAAAUAUUUUAACAACUGAAAAAAAAGAUAUAAGUAGCGAUGAUAGCACGAUUGAACUUUACAGAGAAGAAGCAGAUGCUACUCUGCUGAAAACUUUGCAUCAUUUAGAUGAAAUUGUGUCGAGAAAAGAGAAAAGCGAAAGAACAAAACCAUGGACAGAGGAACAAAUUACUUUAAAGAAAACAAAACCAAAGACAAAAGAAAUUCCAGAAAUAGAUAUUGUAGAAAAGAUGGAUUAUAUCGAACAGGAAGACACUUCUUUACUUAAAAUUUCAAAGGAUGAGGAAACGCAGAAAAUUAAAAAGGAAAAGUUCAUUGAAGAAAAACCAGAACAGCUUCAACCUUGGACAAAGGAAAAAAUUGUUCUGAAGAAAGCAAAAUUAGAAAGAAAAGAGAUACCUAAGGAAACGCUCGAAACCAUUACACUAAAACCUUCACAAACAACAAAAAAAGACAUUGUGAAGCCAAUCUUAGAAAAAGCGGACUUUAAGCCGAUUUCAAAGAAAGAACCUGAAAUAAUUUCAGUAGAAGAAAUUACACCCCUUGAUGUUUCUACUGCCAAAGAAACGAGAAGGGCGAGUAAAGAUGUGAUAAAUAUAGAUAAGUUAGAUAAAAUAAAACCAUGGACAGAAGAGAAAAUUACUUUAAAGAAAUCUAAAGUUCUCCAAAAAGAAAUAGAAAAAGAAGUAAUAGAAACGGUGGAAUUAAAACCAUCUAAACCGACUAAGGUGACAUAUAGAAAGCCGAGUUUAGAAAAAAUAGAUUUAAAACCUGUCACAAAAGAAAAGCCAAGUAUUACAGAAGUCGCUAAAAAAACUGACUACAUUGAACAGAAAGAUAUUACAUUACUUCAGGUUUCAACUGAGCACGACAUUAUCAAACUAAAACCAUCAAAAUCGCAUACAAGCAAAAAGUCAAAACAAGAAGAAAAAGAUGACCUUAAAACUAUAGGAAUAUAUGCUGAAGAAGAAGAUACAACAUUACUUACGUCGGAACGUACAAUGUCGGAAACUACAAUAAGUAGUGACAAAAAAAUAAAGAAACAAGAUGAAACAUUACAAAAAAAGCCGCAAUCAAAACCUUGGACAGAAGAAAAUAUAAUUUUGAAGAAAACAAAACCAGAGCAAAAAGAAAUACGCAAAGAAAGUUUUGAGGAAAUAUCAUUAAAACCAGUAUUAAGAAUCGACAAAGAAAAAAUAACAAAAGAAGAUAUAACAGAGAAAGUAGAUUUAAAACGUGUUAAAACAAAAACUACGGAUUCGACGGAUAUUAAAAAGGAACAAGAAAAAAUAACAUAUCACGAAGAAGAAGAUAAAAUUAUUAUUGAAACAGAUAAAGAUAUUGAGUCAAUUAAGAAAGUGAAAAGUAAGAAAAAAGUUGCGGAAAGUGUACCAUACUCAGAAGAGGAAGAUAUCACAAUGCUUGCCAUCGAAAGAACCGAUGAAACAAUCGAGAAAUCUAUGAAGAAAGAAAUACCGGUGCCAUGGAUUAGAGGGAAAAAAGCAAAAGAAAGAAAAGAAGCUGAAGAAAUAAAAUCAGUUCAAAUAACUAAACCUGAAACUGAUUCGGAAGAAAAUAAAUCUAUAGAGAUUUCAGAAGCUCCUUGGCAUCGUAAAUCAAAACCUUCGGCGAUUCAAAAGAAAAUUUCGGAAGAAUCAAUAAAAGAUGACACUAAAGAAGUAUCUGAAAUAAUUUGGCGAAAACCUAAGAAAGAUAAAACAAUAAAAGUCGUUGAAGAAGAACCACAGGUUGAAGACUUUACAUCCGUUGUAUUAAAACCAGCACAACGGUAUGAAAAACCUGAAGAAGUGAAAUCAAAAGAAGAAGUUGUACUAAAACCAGUAAAACGAGUAUCCAAACAGGAAGAAGUAUCAGACAAAAUCACUCUUAAACCAGUUAUAAAAGAAAAACCAGAAACAAAAGUUUUAUUUGAAAAAGUCGAAGAAAUCAUUAACGGAAAUGUAUCUACUGAAAAGGAAGAUUUACCGUGGAAACGUGGAAAGAAACCAACGCAAACUGAAAGGAAAUCUGAAGAUGUACAGCUGGUGGAAAAACCCAAAGAAUCGGAAUCUAAAGAAAUCAUAUUGAAACCUGUUAAAGAGCUUUCUAAGAAAACAGAAACAACGGAAUCAAUUAUAUUGAAACCAGUGAAAAAAGAAAAAAUAGAGGCGAAACCGGAAGAGAUUCGGUUAAAACCAGUGAGAAGAAUCGAGAAACCGGAAGAACCAAAACCGGAGGAAGUUGUAUUGAAACCUGUUAAAAAGCUUCCUAAAGAGGAAGAAACAAAAGAAUCAGUUAUAUUGAAACCAGUAAGAAAGGAAAAAACAGAGGAGAAACCUGGAGAAAUUCAGUUAAAACCAGUGAGGAAAAUCGAGAAACCCGAAGAACCGAAAUCGGAGGAAGUUAUAUUGAAGUCUGUUAAAAAGCUUCCUAAAGAACAAGAAACAAAGAAAUCAAUUGUUUUAAAACCAUUGGAAAAAGAAAAUGUUGAAGAAAAACCGGAAGAAGUUCGAUUGAAACCAGUGAAAAAGAUAGAGAAACCCGAAGAACCGAAACCUGAGGAAGUCAUAUUGAAGCCUGUUAAAAAGCUUCCUAAAGAGCAAGAAAUUAAAGAAUCAAUUGUUUUAAAACCAGUGGAAAAAGAAAAAGUUGAAGAAAAACCUGAAGAGAUUCGAUUAAAACCGGUAAGAAGGAUUGAGAAACCCGAAGAACCAAAACCGGAGGAAGUCAUAUUGAAACCUGUUAAAAAACUUCCUAAAGAGCAAGAGACUAAAGAAUCAAUUGUUUUAAAACCAGUGGAAAAAGAAAAAGUUGAAGAAAAACCUGAAGAGAUUCGAUUAAAACCGGUAAGAAGGAUUGAGAAACCCGAAGAACCAAAACCGGAGGAAGUCGUAUUGAAACCUGUUAAAAAGCUUCCUAAAGAGCAAGAAACUAAAGAAUCAAUUGUUUUAAAACCAGUGGAAAAAGAAAAAGUUGAAGAAAAACCUGAAGAGAUUCGAUUAAAACCGGUAAGAAGGAUUGAGAAACCCGAAGAACCAAAACCGGAGGAAGUCGUCUUGAAACCUGUUAAAAAGCUUCCUAAAGAGCAAGAAACUAAAGAACCAAUUGUUUUAAAACCAGUGGAAAAAGAAAAAGUUGAAGAAAAACCUGAAGAGAUUCGAUUAAAACCGGUAAGAAGGAUUGAGAAACCCGAAGAACCAAAAUCGGAGGAAGUCGUAUUGAAGCCUGUUAAAAAGUUUUCUAAAGAGGAAGAAACAAAAGAAUCAGUUAUAUUGAAACCAGUAACAAAAGAAAAAACAGAGGAGAAACCUGAAGAAAUUCAGUUAAAACCAGUGAAAAAGAUAGCGAAACCCGAAGAACCGAAACCUGAGGAAGUUAUAUUGAAGCCUGUUAAAAAGCUUCCUAAAGAGCAAGAAACUAAAGGAUCAAUUGUUUUAAAACCAGUGGAAAAAGAAAAAGUUGAAGAAAAACCGGAAGAGAUUCGAUUAAAACCAGUGAAAAAGAUAGAGAAACCCGAAGAACCGAAACCUGAGGAAGUCAUAUUGAAGCCUGUUAAAAAGCUUCCUAAAGAGCAAGAAACUAAAGAAUCAAUUGUUUUAAAACCAGUGGAAAAAGAAAAAGUUGAAGAAAAACCGGAAGAAGUUCGAUUGAAACCAGUGAAAAAGAUAGAGAAACCCGAAGAACCGAAACCUGAGGAAGUCAUAUUGAAGCCUGUUAAAAAGCUUCCUAAAGAGCAAGAAACUAAAGAAUCAAUUGUUUUAAAACCAGUGGAAAAAGAAAAAGUUGAAGAAAAACCUGAAGAGAUUCGAUUAAAACCGGUAAGAAGGAUUGAGAAACCCGAAGAACCAAAACCGGAGGAAGUCGUAUUGAAACCUGUUAAAAAGCUUCCUAAAGAGCAAGAAACUAAAGACUCAAUUGUUUUAAAACCAGUGGAAAAAGAAAAAGUUGAAGAAAAACCUGAAGAGAUUCGAUUAAAACCGGUAAGAAGGAUUGAGAAACCCGAAGAACCAAAACCGGAGGAAGUCGUAUUGAAGCCUGUUAAAAAGCUUCCUAAAGAGGAAGAAACAAAAGAAUCAGUUAUAUUGAAACCAGUUACAAAGGAAACAGAGGAAAAACCUGAAGAGAUUCGAUUAAAACCGGUAAGAAGGAUUGAGAAACCCGAAGAACCGAAACCUGAGGAAGUCACAUUGAAGCCUGUUAAAAAGCUUCCUAAAGAGCAAGAAACUAAAGAAUCAAUUGUUUUAAAACCAGUGGAAAAAGAAAAAGUCGAAGAAAAAUCUGAAGAAAUUUGGUUAAAACCAGUGAGAAAAAUCGAGGAACCCGAAGAACCGAGACCUGAGAAAGUCAUAUUGAAACCUGUUAAAAAGCUUCCUAAAGAGGAAGAAACACAGGAAUCAGUUAUAUUAAAACCAGUGAAAAAAGAAAAAAUAGAAGAGAUACCUGAAGAAAUUCGGUUAAAACCAGUGAGAAGAAUCGAAAAACCGGAAGAACCAAAACCGGAGGAAGUUGUAUUGAAGCCUGUUAAAAAGCUUCUUAAAGAGGAAGAAACAAAAGAAUCAAUUGUUUUAAAACCAGUUGAGAAAAAGGAAUCCGAAGAAGUAAAGUUAAAAUCCGCACCUGAAAUAGUUUCAGAUAAGGUGAUUGAUCAAUUUCUUGAAGACAAACCAUCAGAGAUAACUGUGGCUCCUUGGCGGCGUAGUAAGCGAACGAAAAAAGUUGUUGAUUUCAAAGAAGAAGUUACAAUAGUGCCAAUCGAUCAAGAAGAAUCGGUUACAGAGAUUUCUGAAGAAAGGGAAACAGUAAUAAUUACAGAAGAUACUAAAAAUCAAAUUGAAAAGAAAGUGGAAUCUGUGCCAUCUCGUGAAGAAGAUAGAAUAAUUGAAGAGGCAAUUGCAACAAGCGAAAUUUCAUGGAGAAAAACGAAACAAGAACAAAAAGUGAAAGACUUAAAACCAGAAAUUAAACAAUUGGAAGAACAUACAUUAGUUCUAAUUAAAGACGAAAAAUUACCUGAGGAAAUUGAAGAGAAUGCGAUUCAAUUAAAGCCGGUUCCAAAGAGGAAAGUAAAGAAAGAAGAAACAGUAGAAGAAAUUAAAUUGAAACCAGUGAAUAAAGAAAAACUGACAGAAGACAAGCCUAAGGAAGAGACAAUUGUUGAAUUAAAACCUAUAACGUUUGAGGAACAAAUAACAAAAGUGAAGGAAAAGGAUGAAACCAAUAUUAAAAGAAAAUCUGAGAAAAGGGAAAAAGUGUCCGAAGAAAUUGUUUCUAUUAUUGAUGAAAAGAAAGAAGAAAUUAGUAUUACAACUGAUGAAAUCAAAGAAACUGUUGAAGAUGUGAAGUUACAAAUUAAGACAGAUAUCACAAAAAUAGAAGAUCGUAAGAGAAAACGUAAACCACGUACUCAAGUCGACAUAUCUAUUAUGGAUAAGGACAAAACUAUUGCUCCACGAUUUAUUCAAAAGUUACAGCCUGUUAUUGCUGAGCUAGAAAAACCGGCCAAAUUUACAUGUACCGUCAUAGGAAAUCCUUCCCCCGAAAUUUCAUGGUAUAAAAAUCAGCAAGAACUUCAUGCAAAUGAAAAGUAUACAAUGACUAUAUUCGAAACAACAGCAACUUUAGAAAUUACAAAAGUUAAAGAAGAAGAUGCUGGAAUGUACUCUUGCAGAGCGUCUAAUCCGGCUGGGAUUGCAACAUCCACUGUCAAUCUUGUGAUAUUCGAAAAAGAAGAGGAAGGCGUAGCGCCGCAUUUCUCGACACCGAUCAAACCACUAAUGAUCGAAGAGCAUACACCUGCUUUAUUAGAAUGUGUUGUCACUGGCACACCAAUACCGGAAGUGAAAUGGUAUCGCGGUGAGAAAGAAGUAAAACCAAACGAAAAAACCGAGAUUACUUUUAACCCAACAACUGGGGAAGCUAAGCUAAAAAUUUUAGAACCAACACCUCAAGAUGAAACAAUAUAUCGCGUUCGUGCUGUGAAUAAAUAUGGUCGCGCUGAAUGUAGAGCUAAUUUGGUGAUCAGUAACAUUGUUAAAGUAAGCAAACCGAUUGUUCUCAAAGCACCACGAAUUACACGACCUUUACCAGCUCUUGUAGCAGAGCGUGGCAAGCUUUUGAAGCUUUUAGCUGAUUUUGAGGGUACGCCGAAACCGGAAGUCAAAUGGUUCCGCAAUGGUAUUGAAAUUACACCAACUGAUAGGCGCAAGAUAAAUAUUUACGAAAGUACAGCCGAAUUAAUAAUAUCUGAUGUGACAAAAAAAGAUAGCGGCAAAUAUGAGAUAAGAGUUCAGAAUGAAGCCGGCGAAGCGAGAAGUUCGAGUUCUAUUAACGUCAAGGAUCGCGAAGAUACUACAAGCGAGGUGAAAGCACCGAUGUUUGUAAAGCCGAUUCAACCUCAACUCGUUGCAGAAGGAGAAGUUGUUAUUAUGGAAACGCAAGUGGAAUCAUAUCCGACAGCAUCCUUCCAAUGGUUCCAUGAAAGCAAACCUCUUGAGUCGACGCCGCAGGUGAGAAUCGUGACUCAAGAGAAUCGAUCGAUUUUAAUGGUGAAACAAGUCACACCAGAACUUGCCGGUAGCUACACCUGUCGUGCUGAAAAUGUUGGUGGCUCAGUCACUUGUACAGCCAGUGUUAACAUUACAGAAACAAUAUGGGAAGAAGCAAUUGAAUUAAUUUCGCCGACAUUUGUUAAGAGACUUUCACCUGUAAGAGUUAUGGAUGGCGAGAGUGUUAAUUUAACUUGCGUCGUUGAAGGAAAACCGAUACCCAGAGUAGAAUGGUACCAUAAUGAUCAACCAAUUAAAGAAGGCAAAGAAAUUACUAUUGUCCAGGAUAUGGAGGGUAUUUGUAGUCUAGCCAUUACCGAAGUAUUUCCAGAGGAUGCUGGAGAAUAUACGUGUCGUGCUGUAAAUCCUGUUGGCGAGGCUGUCUGCACGUCAUCGCUUGUUGUUGAAGCUUAUGAGUACGUUCCUGAUUCGGAAAUUGCAUCUUCAAUAGUCGCAACAUCUCUAACUACAGGAUCGGAAGAAGAUCUUUUAUCUCCGAAAGAAACUCCAAUCUUUGAUAGUGACAUAGAAGAAUCCGCACCGGAGAUAAUUAAGCAGCUUCCUCAGUUAAUUCCUACCAAAGACGGGGAAUUAACUAGACUGGAAGUAAAAGUGAAAGGUAAACCAAAACCGGAAGGCAAAUGGUAUAAGCAAGGCGUAGAAAUCGUCUCGUCACAAGAAUUUCAAAUUGAAGAAUUUGAAGAUGGUACGUCGGUGCUGACGAUCGCUGAGACAUACCCCGAUGAUACCGGUGAAAUUGUAUUCGAAGCUCACAAUCCGCUUGGUGUGUCAACCACUAUGACGUAUUUAUCAGUAGAAGGUAUUCUGGGCACAAAGGAGUACCGAAAACCAGAAUGGGUUACACAGAUGGAAAAAAUGCAAGAAGCUUUAAAAGCCACGCAAGCUGUUCCACGAUUUAUACAAGAAAUAACGGAUGUUUACACAAAAGAAGGAAAUAUUGCUUUGUUUGAAUGUAUCUAUUCUGGUAAUCCCAAACCAGAUGUUGUUUGGUAUAAGAACGAUAAACUUAUAAUGAAUACGGAAAAUAUAAAAGUACGUAUAUUCGAUGAAGAAAAUAAAACUACUCUAACAAUUAAGCGAGUCACCAAAGACGACGAUGCUACAUAUGUUUGUAAAGCUACCAGUGAAAUUGGCAUGAUAACAACUAAAGCUAAACUGCAUGUCGAUACUAUAAGUGAUUCGGGAUCAAUGCCGGAUGACGUAAUCAAAGAAGAAGAAAAAUUGGAUACAAAACUGAAAAAACAAGAAGAGAAACCGCAUAAAAAGAAGAAGACCGAGCUAAAGAAAGCAAAAGAAAUUAAAGAAAAAGUAAAGGCUGAACGUGUCAAGAUUGAGAAGGAAGAAAUUCAUGAAGAGAAACUUGUACCCAAAGAACAAACGGAAGAGAAGAGAAUUGUUGAUGUCGAAGAAACUCAAAUAUUGGAAACUACAGAAAUCAUAAAGGAAAAACCCGAGGAGAUUUCUAGAGCACGAAGAAUAGUACCGAUCCAAGAACCAAUUGUGACUGAAGCAACAGCUUCUUUGAAGAAAAUUGAUGAUCAAAAACCGCGAGAGGAUAUACCUAAAAUCGAGGAACAUGCCAAAAGAAUUGUUGAGGAGCGGGAAAGUGUUGUUAUAUCAGAAAUCAAGAGCGAGGAUACUGCUCCAGAUUUUACCGUCGAAACAAACCUCGAUCGUGCUCAAAUUACUUCUGAAACUUUACAGAAAGUAUCGAUCUCCGAAAUGCACGUAGAAACAAGUGCGCAAGAAACGAAACGUAUAGAAACAAAGCAGAAAAAAGCGAAGAAGAUGAAAGCGGAAAAAAUUAAAGAAGAUAUUACCGUACAAGAAAUUGUAGAACGACAGAAGGAAAGCAUAGCUCGCGAAGUUGAUGAAAUAAUGGAAGUACUUGAUGCAAAAGAGUUUGGCCCUGGAGAGUCUCCUCUUCGAGAACUUGCGACAAUUGGUUAUCUGGUUCGACAAGGUGUUUCUGUGAAUGAAAUCAACGAAUGUCUUUACAGGACUGAAAUCUUUCCCGCUUUAAAAACACCCGAUGCUCAAAAUGCUUUGGUUCAACUGGUAGAAAGAAAAGGUCAUGGCCCAUUGAUCACUCAAGUGCUUACCGAAGAAACAACGACUGACGAGAGCUUCGUCGCGGCAACAGUUGGUUUUCGUGCUUUCAUGAAAAUGGUCGAGCUUCAGCAUGCUACUGUAGAAGAGGUCAUCACACACUUUGCUCCGGAAGAUUUUAGGCCACGUGCUUGGGAAGUUACGGAAGUUACUGAGGUCGAGACUGAACAACAUGCUACAGAAAGAGUGGAUGUCGUUCGUAAAACGGAGGUUCAUUUUAUGGAGAGGAGAGACGAAAGGAAAGCCAUUCACACGCAGGAUAUUCGAGAAAUUAAAGAAUACGAGGACACACGGCAGGCACACACAACACUGCGCAAACGCAAAGAUAGAAAACCAAGGGAUCAGAUCGAAGAAACAACACAAGAUAGGGAAGAGGGGGUUCAAAUUGUAAAAUUUGAGGAGAUCGAGGAGAUUGAAAAGGAAAGAAAAAAGGAUGCGGAAGAAAUCGAGGAAGAAAUUAUUGAACUUGAACGGGAUACAAAGGGCAGACUGAUUCGUAAGCAAAAGCAAGACGUAGAAAAGCAGAUAAAUGUAGAAGAAGAGGAAGAAAUGAUUAAAAAGGUUAGAAAAACAUUAAUACCAAAAAGACCAGACAUUGAUAAAGACGAAAUACAACUGGAAGAGAUAGAAGAAUUUGAAGUAACAAAGGAUAAAUCAGUGCCAUCUAUUCCUUUAAAUGUGUCUAGUCAACGUAAUCAAAUAAUACCUUUAGAUCGUACGACUGAGCAAGCACCUGGUAAACCCGAAUCAGAAAAAGCAAAAUGUAUUUUAGACACUGUUAUUGCAUUAACAGAACAGACAACGUCGGUACACGAGAAAGAAAUUGAUGAAGUGAUGAGCGUCAAACCCACCAAACGUAAAGCGUCGAUAUCAAUCUCGUCGAUUGAACCAUAUUCUAUUACAGAAACUACUGCACAGACAUCUACUAAGGAAUUUUCGGGCACUUUUAAAGCCGUUUCUUAUGAAGCUACACCUUCUAUAAUAACAAAAGAAAGUCUUCUUAUCAGCGAAACAUUAACGCACGAUGACGAUGUAUCGAAUUUAACUCUGGCCAAAUCAGAAAUGAGUAGACAGGCAGAUGUACAAUUUACCAUGCAGGAAGCUACAACUAUUAGCGAGACUAUAAUCAACCAAAAUGAAAUACCCACUGAUGAUUUCGUGACACCCUUAAGCGUUAAGGCAGAGGAUACUGUUUUACCACAGAUAGAACUCUCGGUUUAUGAAAUACAGGAAGGUUUGAGUGAAGAGAAGUUGGAACCUGAGAAAACAAUGCUUACAAAACCACGAAUUAAUAUUAACGCGAUGGAACCAAUAUUGGUAGAGGAAGUUCGUUCUGAAGAUAAGCCAGGAAAAUAUUAUCCAGAAUUGAUAGUGCCCACUGAAAUCGCCACCAAAACGGUGAUCCCGCAAAAGCAACGCGUUACUGAAGAGAUGAACGCGCCCGAAAAGGAAGGAACGUACAUUCCGGGUAGAUUACCGCCGAGUCAAACUGCUCAGAUCGGAAUCUCAUAUGGGAACGAAACUGCUAUUAUUUAUCACGAUCUCGUACAAGAGCGAGAAGGCGAAUACGUUCCCGAUCGUAAAGUAGAUUUUUUCGAAGCUAUGCCAAACGUCACUCUUUUGGAAGGUGUUACGAUUUCAACAAUCAAUGCGCAACAAAAAGAAGACGAUUUAACGUUCGAAGAAAGUAAACAAGUUACGGCGGAUUUCAAUAUUGUUGAAAUUAUAUCGGCUGUGACAGCAGAGAUAUUGACUUCUGAAAAGGAACGAGACUAUCGUCCCGAAGACAAGCCUGCUACUAAAUUAGCUAUUACAUCAAUAUCGCCAUUGGAGAUUGGUUCUAUAACAGAUACGAUUGUUCAAGAAUCUGAAGGAUUCUACAGUGCCGACCAAAAACCAUUUGAAGCAUUGGCGGAAGCAUCGGUUAGACCAGAGGAACACGUUUUAAUAUCUCAAGUUCAAACCGCAGAUUAUCCCGAAGAUCUAAAAGAUACGCUCAAAUACAUUUCUGAGAGCGGUGUUAUAUCUAUUCAAUUGACGGAAGCAAAAACUGUACUCGAAACGCUCGCUCACGAUCGAGAGGCUACUAUGGAGAAGGAUGCUAAACCGGAAACUCAUACGGUUGAGAUGGUAUACGACGCAAUUAGGGGUAUCGAAAUAUCGCAAACUACUUCUAUAGAGAAAGAGACCGAGUUGAAAAUCUUUGAGAUGCCUGAAUCACAUCGCGGCAAAACAGUACCUACUCAUCCAAUGAUUUCACUCGAAAUUCAGGAAACUCAACCAGAGAGUAAUUUAGGUGAAGUAACAAAAGAAGCUUUAUCGAUUGCAACAGCUAAAAUCGAAGCGGUUAGUCUGCUGGAGACAAUUGUUGGCGAGACCAUUACGGCAGAAAAUGUAGCUCCGGCGAAAGAAGAGAAAAAUCCCGAUAUUAAAACCGCCGUAGUUUCGAUAGAUCAAAUUGAAGGCUUACAUACCACGAUGAUCGUUGCGAGCGAGAAGGAAAUCGAAUAUGUUGAAACGGCCAGUAUUAAAGGUGCGUUUGCGAGUACUGAAUAUAUAACGCAAGUGGCUCCGGUAUGUGAACAAGUGAGAACAGAAUCGCCAACCGAAGAUCUAGCAAAAGACAAACCUGUGAGCGGAAAAGCAUACACAUCUCACGUUCCUAUAGAAACUAUCAGCGUUGCUGUACAAGAAACUGCGGAGAAAGAAGAAAUUUAUAAAGCAGACACAAAGCCCGAAGGAAAAAUAGCGAAUAUUGAACUCACAGAGACAAGACCUGGCGUUAGCAUUCUCGAAAUAAUUCCGCAUGAUCUCGAGAAUAUCUACAUGCCAGAUGUUGGACCAGAGGCUCACACAAUCGAAUCGUCCAUAAUUGGUCAUACUGUUGCAUCAAAAUCAGAAAUCUUAGUAGAACAGAGCGCUGGAAAAAUAAAAAGCGAUCUACCGAAAUCAAGCAAAGCGAUAUUACAGCAAGAGGCUCUGGAAGAAUUGAUAGUGACCGAAACAAAUGUUGGUGAAGCGGAACGAAUCAGGGAAGAAGAUAUGCGUCCUAUUAAACAGAACGCUGCGGUCGAAAUAUGUACCCAAUCCGAAAAACCGUUGACCGUUACUGAGGUAAUGACUAUAUUAAAGGAGGAGGAAUUGUCAGUAGGGAAGUUACCAGAUAAACGGAAAGUUGUAUUAGACAUAACCGGAGGUCAUGAAAUAGCCCAAACACAAGAGAUGAUACUUGCGAGCAAUACAAGCGCUUUGAAGGAGGAAAAGCCGAAUCAAGAAAGUGCCAAUCAGUUGCAGAGUGGACUGGAUGUUGUACAACAAAUGGAAAUAUUGGUAUCUGAGAAAGAAUCUCCUUUAACAGCGGACAUGAAACCCAAUGCCAAAAAGAUCGACAUUACUUUCCAAGAAGGAGAAAGUUUGACGAUUGCGAUUACACAUCCUGAAGACAAAGAAGAUGUACUUGGUGAGAAACCGGCGCUAAAGACCGCUGAAGCUACAAUCGAUGUGAUAACGCAAAAAAUAGCCUCAAAAUACGAAAUUAUUAGCAACGUUGCUCCAAUUGAGUUAUCUAUUGCGUCUGCUCAGGAAGUGCAUCCUAAAACGACAUUAUUAUCAUUCGAGACAGCUAUCGCUGAAGAAAUACAAACGAGAGAAACUGAGAAACCUCUUCCUUAUAUGCCAGUGCCAGAAAAAAUAGCUAAUCUUGAAUUUAUAAUGGGCGAAGGUCUCGUUGUUUCAUAUAUUACAGCGGAGGAUAAGGAGAGCGUGCUCACAGAAAUGGAAAAACCGGAAUCUAAAUCUGCUAUAUUCGAUAUUCCCGCUCAUACAGUAGCGCAAGCUACAGAGGUAACCGCGACUGAUAAUAUCAGCGAAUUGAAGCACCAAGAGACAAUCUCCGCAAUGGCUACAACCGAACACAUCACUCAUCGCAGUAUUGUUGCAUCUGAAACAUCAAUUGGAGAUUCAGAACAGCCAAUGCUUGAUUUUGUAAAGCCAGAUAAAAAGAAAGUCGACGUGUCAUUUGAGGAAGAAACGAGCGUAAUGGUGAUUGAAACAAUUGCAUCCGAUAAGGAGCGAGAAUACAUGAAAAAACUAGAUGUUCCCGGUGAAAAAGUCACUACAAGCUUCGAUGCUCAUAAAAUCGCCGAACUCACAGAAGUUACACCAGCUACUUAUCCAGGGAACCUCGAUGUGAAAGCACCAACGAGCGCAGCUGCAAAAGUAAAACGUUUACCAUUCGAAAGUAUUGUUCAAAGCGAAACUAUUGCAACAGAAACCGAGAUAGAGUUCAAGGAUAAACCUUUCAAAACGGACACGGCCCGGAUAUCUGUCGAUGAAAUUAUUAGUGCCACUAUGUCUACUGAAACUCUAGCCGAAAAGGAAGAUGUUCUUCGAAUUCCCAAAAAGCCUGCAGAGAAAAAAGCUGAUGUUCAAUUUAUUGGACGCAUAAUCGCCGAGAAAAGCGAAAUCACGCCAGAUUCUAGCAUGGGAGAAUUGACAGAUACAAAACCAAAUUCUGUUUUAGCCGUAUUCUCGAGUAUCCCUUUGGAGGCAGUGGUACAAACAGAAACGCAUUUAACAGAAACGGAGGCUGUACUUGGUAAAGAUAAAGUACCAUCAAUGGCUCAAGCUGACUUUUCCAUGGUAUUAAAACAAAGUGUACAAGUAUCUUCAGUAAUUUUGGAAGAUAAAGAAAUGGAAUAUAAACCAAAGGAAACACCGAAAUCGAAAACAGCAGAGAAAACACUAAUCGAAACUUAUGGCGUCGCCGAAACGACAAUGCAAGUUCCUGAUUUUAGUACUGGCGAAUUUGCUGUCAGUGAAACACCAUUACCCGCUGUCGCAAUUCCAGAUCACGUAGUUUUUAAUCCACUAGUGGAAUCACAACUUGUUGUUCAGGAGGGAGAGGAACAAUUUGUGCCGGCGUUAAUACCAGAAAAUAAAACUGUAAAUAUUGACAUGGAAGAAGGUAAGGCAAUUGUGAGUAUAGCGCAUAUAACAACUGUGGACAAAGAAUCGCCAUAUGUUGUUGAGGAACAACCGCGAAAACACGCAGCUUUGUUCGGAAUUGAUGCCACCCACGGUAUAGCUGAAACAAUUGCAAUAGAUAUCGAACAUUCUAUAGGAGAAGUUAAGAUAAAAAAACCAGAUGUUAAAAUGGUCUCGUCUUCACAAGAAGAAUGCCAAAGUCUUUUAGUGACCGAAAGCAUGAUUCAAGAUCAAGAAAAACCUUUCGAAAGAAAAUUUAUACCGGAAUCAUAUAAAGUAGAAUGGUCUGUCGAAGAAGGUAAGCGCGUUACUUCCAUCACAGAAAUUAAAAUGGCUGAUAAAGAAGCUCCCCUCGAAACAAUAAAAGAAGAUAAAUCUCGUUCAGCGUUGUCGGUUAUUAUUCCUGGCCAUGAGGUCGCCGAGAAAUCUGAAAUAAUUCUUAAUUCGAGUACAGGCGAAAUAUGCAAGAUUACAGCACCAACAAGAGCAACCGCACAAAUCGGACAGAAACCUUUUGAGACAGUACAGUUGACCGAACAAGUUCCUGUGGAGAGAGAAGUGGACAAGAUUCAGGAAACACCAUUAACAAAAACAAGCGCGCAUGUCGUUUUAGAUGAAAAUAGAUUUGUCGCUAUUACGGAAUCUACUGUUACUCAGGAUGUCGAAGCAGAAUUUACCACAAAAAAAUUACAUCAAGAGGCAGCUAAUCUUUUGAUGGAAGGCAAAGAAGUAGCCGAACAAAUAGAAAUUAAUUUACGCGAAGGACUCGGAGAACUGCCUGCACCAUUAAAACCAAUUACAUAUGAUGCACAUCAAACGCAAUCUACCUUAGAAAGUAUUGAUAUUAGCGAAACGAUUUCUCAGGAGCAAGGUACAAUAUUUAUCGACAAAUUCAAGCCUGAUAAACGUAGUGCCGAUGUUAGUUUUGUAGAAGGAAAAAGUAUUACCGUGGCUCAUGUCGUAACGCAAGACAAAGAAGGCACAAUGAAAACUCCAAAAUAUGAAGAGAAUACAGCUAAAAUAAAAUUAACAAAGCUUGGUAUGGAUAUUGCUCUAAAAUCUCAAGUUUUUAUCGAGCAAAAUACUGGUUUUGUUAAACCUUUCAAGAAGAUUGUAGCGGAAGCUCAUCCACAGCAAGAUGCAUUGCAGCCUAUCAUCAUUGAAGAAGUUCCAAGCGCGGAAAGAGAAGGUAUUUUUGAUAAAUAUCCAAAGACGAUAUCGAGUACAGCAGUGCCAACGUUUGAAGAGGAUCAUGGCGUAUUUAUCACAGAAGUAACAUCUGGCGAAGUCGAAACGUUAUUAGAGGAAAAGAGACACGAAAUGUCACAAACAGCUGUCCGCACUAUCGUCACUGAAUGUGAUACCAUAGAAACUAUAAUGGUAGAAUCACGAGUUGAUGUACCUGAACAAAUUUCCGAUCGUAUUUUAGCACCUCAAGUUGCUGCACCGAUUCAAGACACGUUUGAAAGCAUCAUUGUCGAUGAAAAUCUUGUCGAAGAAAGUGAGAAGACUUUCGAAAGUCUUGUCAAACCUGCGACGCAAAAAGCGAGCAUUGAUAUAUCGGAGGUAAAAUCAUUACAAGUUUCAGAAACAAUUACUGAGGACAAGGAAGAAACUUUAGAUGUCAUUUCAAAACGAAAUGAAGUCAAAGCUACGCCUGACAUCCAUUUAUUCCAAACUAUCGAAGGUUCUUUCGUGGAGAGUAUACAAAAUACUCGAGAUCUCUGCGAGAAGAAACCACUUUCUUCUCAAGCAACCAUGAUUCAAACCACGAUGGAAACAGUAAUGAGUUCUGAAACAAUGCCAAUCGAAAAAGAAGAUAUAUUUGAAAGUAAACUUAAACCCGAGGAACAAAAAGGGAAACCGCAAUUUGAAGGCCUUUCUACAGUUGUAAUUACCGAGAUAGCUUCUAAUGAAAUCGAGGAUGUUUUACCUGAAACUGUUACACCAAAACCACGACAAGCGCAACCGAAUUUAACUGGUAGAGAAACUGCGGAAACUUUUCAAAUAAUUACAGCGAGCACGAUCGAAAAACUUGCAAAAGCUGCUAAAUUAAAUGAAGAAAAAGGUAAACCAGAACUUGAAGAAUUAUUGUCCGUCACUGUUUCUGAAAUUAUUUCCAAUGAAGCUGAAGACGUUUUAAUUAACAAGGCUACUCCAAAAGAUCGCAAAGCUGAUUUUAGCGUUUCUGGUAGAGAAAUCGCCGAAACAACUCAAGUAACAGCGUUGUCUGAAAUUGACGAGCUCGAUAUAAAAAUACCAAAAAAGCAGAAAGGCAAACAACAAGUGGAUGAAUUAACUUCGCUGACUAUUUCACAAGUAAUUUCUAAUGAAGUUGAAGAAACGCUAGUUAGCGCUGAGCUUCCUAUAGAGAAAACAGCUCGACCAAAUUUGAUUGGUAGAGAUAUCGCAGAAACUACAUUUGUCACGACAAUGGCCAGCACCGAAGAAUUUGUUUCUAAAAAAGAAAUUGAAAAACAGCGAAGUAAGCCUAGUAUUGAAGAACUUACGUCCUUAACAGUUUCACAAAUAGAGUCACAGGAAACUGAAAAUGUCCUCGCUAGUCCCGUAAUACCAAUCGAGAAAACGGCACAAACAAGUCUGUAUGGUCGAAAUAUAGCCGAGACUACGGAAAUAACAACUGUGUCAAAUGUAGAUGAAUUUGUUGAAACUAAGAAGCCUGAGAUACAAAGGGGAAAACCGAAUCUUGAGGAGUUAUUAUCUUUGAAUAUAAUGCAAACUGUUUCUAAUGAAGCGGAAGCUUUGCUGCCUAGCCCAGAAGUGCCUACAGAAAAGAUUGCACAAGCCAAUUUAUUUGGUAGAGAUGCAGCUGAAACAAGUCAAAUUUUAACGAUGAUGAGCGCAGAAGAACUUUUGAAACAAGUAACACCCGAUGAGCGUAAAGGAGAGUUUAAAGUGGAAGAAUUAUCUUCAUUGACUGUAUCCCAGGUACUAUCUCAUGAAACUGAAAAAAUUUUUCAGAGUUCUGAGGCACCCACUGUAUUCACGGCACUGCCUAUGAUGUCCGGCAGAGAAAUUGCCGAAACUUCUCAAGUGCUCACUGUUACGAAUGUUGAAGAAUUUUCAAGACCCAAAAGACCUGAAGAACAAAAAGGUAAACCACACUUGGACGAAUUUCCAUCCCUAAUGGUUUCCCAAGUAAUAUCUACCGAAACAGAGGCGCAAUUGCCGAACCCGGAAAAGUUAGAUGAAAAAAAAGCCGCACCGUGUCUUUCAGGACGAGAGAUAGCUCAGAAAAUCGAAAUUGUAACUGCCGCGAGCGUUGAACAAAUACCCGAAGUAAAGAAAAAAGAUAGCCAAAAAGGAAAACCAAAUAUCGAAGAAAUGAGUUUUAUUACUGUGUCUGAAGUAAUUUCUACAGAAACAGAACAAGAAUUGCAAAGCCAAGAGACUCCAAAAGAACGUAUAGCUUUACCAAAAGUAUCUAGUAUAGAAGUCGUAGAAACUUCAGAAAUUUUAACAGUGAGCAAUGUCGAAGAACUCGCAAAAUUAGAAAUCCCUGAGGAACAUAAAGGUAGACCAAAUUUAGAAGAAUUGAUGUCAUUAUCAAUUUCUGAAGUGGCUUACAGUGAAACGGAGAAAGGGCUAUUAACUCCAGAAGAACCUAUCAAACAAAUAGCUGAACAAAGCAUGCUAAGUAUGAGCGUUGCCGAAAAAUCUCAAAUAGUUGCAUCGUCAACAACGGAGGAGAUAAUAGAAUCAGCUAAACUAGAAACAAAGAAAAUAACACCGGAACAUAUACCGUUUGAAAGCAUACAACAAAUGGAGUCAAUUCUUCAUGAAAGUGAACGAUCGCUUAUUCUUGACAAAGAAGCACCAACUACAACGGCUGGAGUUUCAUUUCGUGUUUCCGAAGGUGUUGAAGUUACUCAAGUAACCGCAACGGAAAAGGAAACAAAAGAGAUAAAAAAUCUUGAUUUAACUAAACAGAUAGCUGAACCGAGCAUGCUGGGAAUGCAAGUUGCCGAAAAAUCUCAAGUAAUUAUAUCGUCAAUAACGGAAGAAAUGACAGAAUCUGCUAAACCUGAGAUGAAGAAAGUAACACCGGAACAAAUACCGUUUGAGAGUAUACAACAAAUAGAAUCGAUUCCUCAUGAAAGCGAAUACUUGCUUGUUGUCGACAAAAAAGCACCAAGUACAAUGGCUGAAGUUUCAUUCCGCGUUUCCGAAAGUAUCGAAGUUAUUCAAGUAACCGCAACGGAAAAGGAAGCGAAGGAUGUCGUAAAAGGUACAGCAGAAAUAACUGAACAGAUAGCUGAAUCGAGUAUGCUAGGUAUGCAUGUUGCCGAGAAAUCUCAAGUGCUUACGUCAUCAAUAACAGAAGAGAUAAAAGAAUCUGCCAAACCGGAAGCAAAGAAAAUAACGCCGCAACAAAUACCGUUUGAGAGUAUACAACAAAUAGAGUCAAUUCCUCAUGAAAGUGAACGAUCGCUUAUUCUUGACAAAGAAGCACCAACUACAACGGCUGGAGUUUCAUUUCGUGUUUCCGAAGGUGUUGAAGUUACUCAAGUAACCGCAACGGAAAAGGAAACAAAAGAGAUAAAAAAUCUUGAUUUAACUAAACAGAUAGCUGAACCGAGCAUGCUGGGAAUGCAAGUUGCCGAAAAAUCUCAAGUAAUUAUAUCGUCAAUAACGGAAGAAAUGACAGAAUCUGCUAAACCUGAGAUGAAGAAAGUAACACCGGAACAAAUACCGUUUGAGAGUAUACAACAAAUAGAAUCGAUUCCUCAUGAAAGCGAACACUUGCUUGUUGUCGACAAAAAAGCACCAAGUACAAUGGCUGAAGUUUCAUUCCGCGUUUCCGAAAGUGUCGAAGUUAUUCAAGUAACCGCAACGGAAAAGGAAGCGAAGGAUGUCGUAAAAGGUACAGCAGAAAUAACUGAACAGAUAGCUGAAUCGAGUAUGCUAGGUAUGCAUGUUGCCGAGAAAUCUCAAGUGCUUACGUCAUCAAUAACAGAAGAGAUAAAAGAAUCUGCCAAACCGGAAGCAAAGAAAAUAACGCCGCAACAAAUACCGUUUGAGAGUAUACAACAAAUAGAGUCAAUUCCUCAUGAAAGUGAACGAUCGCUUAUUCUUGACAAUGAAGCACCAACUACAACGGCUGGAGUUUCAUUUCGUGUUUCCGAAGGUGUUGAAGUUACUCAAGUAACCGCAACGGAAAAGGAAACAAAAGAGAUAAAAAAUCUUGAUUUAACUAAACAGAUAGCUGAACCGAGCAUGCUGGGAAUGCAAGUUGCCGAAAAAUCUCAAGUAAUUAUAUCGUCAAUAACGGAAGAAAUGACAGAAUCUGCUAAACCUGAGAUGAAGAAAGUAACGCCGGAACAAAUACCGUUUGAGAGUAUACAACAAAUAGAGUCAAUUCCUCAUGAAAGUGAACGAUUGCUUGUCCUCGAUAAAGAUGCUCCAAGUACAAUGGCUGAAGUUUCAUUCCGUGUUUCUGAAAGUGUCGAAAUUAUUCAAGUAACCGCAACGGAAAAGGAAGCAAAGGAUGUCGUAAAAGAUAUAGCAGAAUUAACUGAACAGAUAGCCGAACCAAGUAUGCUGAGUAUGCGUGUUGCCGAAAAAUCUCAAGUAAUUACAUCAUCAACAACAAAAGAGAUAAUGGAGUCUGCUAAACCUGAGAUGAAGAAAAUAAUACCAGAACAAAUACCGUUUGAAAGUAUACAACAAAUGGAGCCUAUUCCUCAUGAAAGCGAACGCUUGUUUGUUCUCGAUAAAGAAACACCAAGUAUAAUAGCUGGAGUUUCGUUCCGCGUUUCCGAAGCUGUUGAAGUUACUCAAAUAACCGCAACAGAAAAGGAAACAAAGGAAGUCAUAAAGGAUUUGGAGGAACCAGCUAAACAAAUAGCCGAGCAAAGCAUGCUAGGUAUGCGCGUUGCUGAAAAAUCUCAAAUAAUUGCAACAUCAACAACACAAGAUAUAAAACAAUUCGUUAAGCCGGAAGUAAAGAAAAUAAUACCAGGACAAAUACCGUUUGAAAGUAUACAACAGAUGGAAUCAAUUCCUCAUGAAAGUGAACAAUCGCUUAUCCUCGACAAAGAGGCAUCAAGCGCAAUGGCCGACAUUUCAUUCCGUGUUUCUGAAGGUAUUGAAGUUAUUCAAGUAACGGCUACAGAGAAAGAAUCAAAGGAAGUUGUAAAAGGUAUGGCCAAAGAAGCAAGCGCACAAGCUGAUAUAAUUGAGCGAAAGGUUGCUUUAAAAACCGAAAUUCUUCCGGAAAACAUAGUAUCUGAUUUCAUUAUCACGAAACCAGAAAGUAAACUGGCUCAUGGAAUAAAAGACGAAAAACAGAGUGUAAUUGUUACUGAAUUACAGCACGCUGCUGAAAUUGAAUCAAAUCUGCCCGAACCCGUAAUACCACUAGCAAAGUUAGCGCGCACAUCUAUCGAAGCUGACUACUUGGAAAAAAUUGAGGAAAUCACUGCAGCAACAGCCCAACAACAUCAUAUCACAAAUACACAACACAUUACAAAACACGAAUUAACACAACAACCAUCGAUUGAUUCCGACACUGAAAUAACUGAGGAAUACACAACUAAAUUUAGACGUGGUAGUAAAGACAAUGAAACCGCAGCAGUAAAAACAAAGAAAACGACAAUUAGAAAAAAGAAACCAAAAACAAAGGCUGAUGAAAAAGUUGUUGUAAUCGAAGAGGAACUUGAAAACAUAAAAUCGCAAAUACCAUCAAUACCAAAAAAGCAAUUUAUGCACAUCGAAGAAGUAACGGAAAUGAAUGGAAUAGAAGAAAUAAAACCAACAAAAAUUGAAGAAUUAGAAGAAAUAUCACAAAAGCAGAUAGAAUCAACACAGGCAAUAAAGAAGCAUGACACAAAAAUACAAGACCAAGAGAAAGAAACAGAACAAAUUCUUGUAAUGAAAAUUACAGAAAAUCUUCCACAGGAAAUUGUCGAGAAAAAGGUAUUGCCUUUUCCACAACAUAAAUUUGACAAAUUUACUGAAGAAAACAUAAGAGAACAAAUUACAGUAACCGAGGAAGUAGUAGAGGGUAAGGAACCAAAGAAAGUUACAAAGAAAAAAAUUAUAAAACGUAAAGGACAGAAACAGCAAGUAACGGAAGAAGUUACUGUGGAAGAAAAAGGACAAUCUCCAGUGACAACGAUAAUGGAGGGUCCUCUGGAGGAAAUUGUUGAAGAAACAGUGUUGCCACUUCCACAGCAUGAAUUUGCUAAACCUAUUGAGGAGGAACACAUAAGAGAACAAGUUACAGUAACCGAAGAAAUAGUAAAGGGAGAGAAACCAAAAAGAAUUACAAAGAAAAAAAUUAUAAAACGUAAAGGACAGAAACAGCAAAUAACGGAAGAAGUUACAGAGGAAGAAAAAGGACAAUCUCCUGUGAUAACCAUAACGGAGGGUCCUAUGGAGGAAAUUGUUGAAGAUACAUUGUUGCCUCUUCCACAGCAAGAAUUUGCUAAACCUAUUGAGGAGGAACACAUAAGAGAACAAGUUACAGUAACCGAGGAAAUAGUAAAGGGAGAGAAACCAAAAAGAAUUACAAAGAAAGAAAUUAUAAAACGUAAAGGACAGAAACAGCAAGUAACGGAAGAAGUUACAGAGAAAGAAAAAGGACAAUCUCCUGUAACAACGAUAACGGUGGGUCCUAUGGAGGAAAUCGUUGAAGAAACAGUGUUACCUCUUCCACAGCAUGAAUUUGCUAAACCUAUUGAGGAGGAACACAUAAGAGAACAAGUUACAGUAACCGAGGAAAUAGUAAAGGGAGAGAAACCAAAAAGAAUUACAAAGAAAGAAAUUAUAAAACGUAAAGGACAGAAACAGCAAGUAACGGAAGAAGUUACAGAGAAAGAAAAAGGACAAUCUCCUGUAACAACGAUAACGGAGGGUCCUAUGGAGGAAAUCGUUGAAGAAACAGUGUUACCUCUUCCACAGCAUGAAUUUGCUAAACCUAUUGAGGAGGAACACAUAAGAGAACAAGUUAUAGUAACCGAGGAAGUAGUAGAGGGUAAAAAACCAAAGAAAGUUACAAAGAAAAAAAUUAUUAAACGUAAAGGACAGAAACAGCAAGUAACGGAAGAAGUUACAGUGGAAGAAAAAGGACAAUCUCCUGUGACAACCAUAACGGAGGGUCCUCUGGAGGAAAUUGUUGAAGAAACUGUUUUACCACAGCCUGAAAUUAUCAAGCCUAGUGAGGAAGAAGAGAUAAGAGAACAAGUUAUAGUAACCGAGGAAGUAGUAGAGGGUAAAAAACCAAAGAAAAUUACAAAGAAAAAAAUUAUUAAACGUAAAGGACAGAAACAGCAAGUAACGGAAGAUGUUACUGUGGAAGAAAAAGGACAAUCUCCUGUGACAACGAUAACGGAGGGUCCUCUGGAGGAAAUUGUUGAAGAAACAUUGUUGCCCUUUCCACAGCAAGAAUUUGCUAAACCUAUUGAGGAGGAACACAUAAGAGAACAAGUUACAGUAACCGAAGAAAUAGUAAAGGGAGAGAAACCAAAAAGAAUUACAAAGAAAAAAAUUAUAAAACGUAAAGGACAGAAACAGCAAGUAACGGAAGAAGUUACUGUGGAAGAAAAAGGACAAUCUCCUGUGACAACGAUAACGGAGGGUCCUCUGGAGGAAAUUGUUGAAGAAACAUUGUUGCCCUUUCCACAGCAAGAAUUUGCUAAACCUAUUGAGGAGGAACACAUAAGAGAACAAGUUACAGUAACCGAAGAAAUAGUAAAGGGAGAGAAACCAAAAAGAAUUACAAAGAAAAAAAUUAUAAAACGUAAAGGACAGAAACAGCAAGUAACGGAACAAGUUACUGUGGAAGAAAAAGGACAAUCUCCUGUAACAAUGAUAACGGAGGGUCCUUUGGAGGAAAUUGUUGAAGAAACAGUGUUGCCUUUUCCACAGCUUGAAUUUGCUGAACCUAUUGAAGAGGAACAGGCAAGAAAUCAUGUUACAGUAAUCGAGGAAGUAUUAGAAGGGAAGAAAUCAAAAAAAAUUUUUAAAAGUAUAGUUCAAAAACAGCAAGUGACAGAAGAAGAUACUGUAAAAAUAGAACAGUCUCCUGUGUGUUUGACAAGGAUUGCAGAGGAUUCUGUAGAGAAACAUCAGGCGGUAGAAACCACAAUUGAUCUUCAUGCAGACACUACACCGGAAAUACACGACAAACUCAAACAUAAAAGUUUGAUUAAACAUUUAGAUAAUAAAAUAAUGUUGAAAGAUACUCCGGGAAAACCUUAUCAGCAACAAGAAGCAAAGUGGGAAAUUCUAGAAGAAAUAGUGACAGAAACAGCAGAUAAACAAAAAGCUCGACUUUUGCUAGAAGACGAAGAAUUGUUGAAAAUAAUGAGCGUAGACAUCAAAGAAGUGCCAGAAAAAGAAGAGCAUGUAACCGACAUCGAUAAAAAACCAAUUAAAAAGAUAGUUAAAAAGAAGAAGCAUGCGAUUGGAACUGAAGAUGUUCUUGAAGAAGCUGUAGAGGAUAUCGUCAUGGACAAACCAAAGAAACAAAAAGCUAAGCCUAUUUUAGAAGAUGAACAGAAAACUGUUUUCACAGAGCCAAAAGUACAUAAAGCUGCUGUUAAGAUGCCAGAGCAAGAAGUAAGUAUUGGUGAAGAAAUCAUAGAAACUAAAACACCUACAACAAAGAUUAUCAAAAAGAAAAAAUUGACAACAGACAAAGAUUACAAACAAAAUAUUAAGAAAAUUAUGCAGGAACCAGAUGAGGAAACUGAAAUAAUAGAAAAAGAAAAAAUUGAAAUAGUUGAGAUGCCAACAACAAAAAUUGUUAAAAGAAAAAAGGCGGAAACUUAUGAUGAUAAUGUGCCGGAAGAAAUUGUUGAAGAAAUUCUUAUAGAAAAACCAAAAAAAGAACAAGCUCAAACUAUAUUAUCUCCAAGAGAGAGUAUUGAAGUAACUCAAAUUCUAACUGAAUCAUCCAUUUCCAAACUCGCAGAAGAUAAAGCUAAACUAAAAGAAGCUGUAAUAUGCAAAAAUGAAGAAGAAAAAGAUGUUUUAAAGAAAAUUUUAAUAAAAGAAACUAACACGAUUCCUAUUCAGGAAGAAAUAACAGCUGAAAAUACUAAAGAAAUAAUAAGUGAGAAACCAAAAGAAGAACAAAUACAAUCGAUUAUCGUAACGAAAGAAGAACUCAAAGUAACUGAAACAAUUUCAAGCACAACCACUGAGGAAUUUUUCGAGAAGAUAAAACCGACAGAAGAAACAGCAGUGCCAAUUAAGGAUUUGGAAUCACAAAUUGAGAUAAAAGAAGUUACAGUACAGAAAACUCCUAAAAAGAUUAAACCAAUAUAUGUAAAUGAGCAACAAUUCAAAGAAGAAAUUGUUGAAGAAUUUAUUUCAGAAAAACCCAUAAAGGAAGAAGCAAAAAAGAUAAUAAUUGCAAAUAAAGAAAUAGAGACUACCGAAAUUAUUUCUGAAAUUGCAACUAGUAAACUUGAUGAAAAUAAAAAACCGCAAGAAGAGCAAGCUAUAUCCAUAAAAGAGACAAAAGAAGAUAUAAAAUUAACAGAAGUACCCGUAAAAAGGGCACCCCUUGUUAAGAAAAAAGCCAGGGAAAUGAAAGAAGAACACCCGGAUGAAAUAACAGAAGAAAUCAAAUUAAAGGAACCUAAGCAAGAAAAAGCUAAAGAAAAUGUAGCUUUACAGGAGAGUAUCGACAUUUCGGAAGUGAUGAUAGAAACGAUCCCUGAAGAAUUUGCCACAGAAGAAACAUUCCCUGAGAAGAAAGCAACACCAAGUAUUGCACCGGUAGAAAGUAUCGAAAUUACUGAGGUUACUGUAGCUAUACCAAAUGGUGAAACAAUUGAAAAGGAAAAAGCAAAAUCUAUUACAGUUGAAGUCAAGAAAGAAAAGGAAAAAGUAAUGGAAAAAAUACUAAUGAAACCUAAGAAAGAAGAAACAAGAAUAGAUAAAGUAGAUUCUACAGUGGCAGAGAUAACUAUGGAAUCUAAAGAUAUUCCAAAAGAGAAACAACCCGAAGAAAAAUUAGUAAAAGUAAAAAUGCAGCCCGUAGAAAUAAAAGAAGUCAAGAAAUCAGAAGAAGAAAUUGUCCCCAUUGCAAAAGAAAAAUCUGUUGAAUCUGAAAUCACCGAGGAAUUAAAAGAAAAGAAAGUUAUCAAGAAAAAGAAAAAGAAGCCUGCCAAAAAAGAUGAUAUAAGCGAUUGGAUAGAACCCGAAUAUGAAAGGCCCGUAUUAGAACCAAUGCCUGAAAAAAUUCAGUGGGAACCAGCAAAAAAGAAAAAAGAAAAGAAAACAUUACCUGAGACUAUGCAAAAAUUGAUUCCGCAAAAAAUUGAAAGAAAAGAAAUUAAACCUACAAAACUAAAAUAUAUUGAACCACUACAAGAAACAGUUCAGUUUGGUACAAUUAAAUUGAAAAAAGUAACAGUUGUUAAGAAAAAAGAAAUUAACGAACCAACAUUUCCUAAAAUUAUGUUACGUAGCAGAAUUACAUUUGUUGGUGACUAUCCGCCAGAAAUACAAAUACCAAAAAUUACAUAUAUGGAAAAGAAUAUGGUGCAAAAUGGCAUUUUGUCUAGAAAUGCAGAAGAAGCGUUACAGGUUUUAAAGAAAAAAUAUAAGAAACUGAAAAUGCCAGAGAAAGAAUUAACUGAAUUAGAAAAAUUAGAUAAAGAAUUUGAAGAAUUGAAGAAAGUGCCAUUAGAAAAAAUAGAUGAUAAAUCUAUUUACGAACGAUCACUUAAAAAGCCGGAAAAAACGCCUGAAGAACCGCAAAAACUUAUUGUUGGAAAAGGUGAAAUAAAACAAGAACCUAAAAUUAUACCGGAAGAAGUUAAGCUAAAGAAAACACCAGAAAAGAAAUCGGAAGAAUUAAUAGAAACUAAAGAGAAACCAAAAAAGAAAAAAUCUGUAGAAGAUAUGCACCAGAAAAAAGAAGAAAAACCUAAAGAAACGCUCUCUUAUGAUGAAUUCAAACCACUAGAAUUUGAUAAACCAGAAAUUGAAAAAUAUAUACCUGAAGAUAUCGAAAUAACAAAAAAAACAGAACCUGAACCUAUUUCAAAACCAUAUGAACGACCUAAGAAAAAAGAACCUGAGCAAGAUAUUGAACAAAUUCCGUUAGUAAAGGGAAUGCCAAAGCCCCAAGAACACGAAGAAGAACCCAAAGUUAAAUUCCGAAUACCAACUUCAGAGAAACCGGAAGAUGAACCUGAAACAAUAACUCUGAAAGGUUGGAAAAAAGAUAAACCUAAAAAAGAGGAUACAGAAGAAUAUCCAACCAAGGAAAAAGAUACUAUACCAACAACACCCAAAAACGAUACUGAAGAAGUUACAUUGAAAAAGAAACCAAAGCAAAAAACAAUUAAAGAAGAAACUGCUGAAAAAAUUACUGUGAAGAAACCUAUUCCAAAAGAAGAAGAGCAAAUACCAGAAGAAGUUUCUGAGAAAAUGGCAAUAAAGCAAAAAGUUAAAAAGAUGCCUACCAAAGAAGAAACUGAGGAUGAAGUAACGAUUAAAAAACCAGUCGUUGAGGAGAAAAAAGAAGAAAUAGAAGAAAUCAUAGAGGAUGUCACAUUAAAAAGGAAACAAAAGGAAAAACCAAUCACCGAGGAAACUGCUGCUGAAAUAAGUAUAAAAAAACCCGUUGCAAAGGAAGAAGAACAAAUACCGAAAGAAAUUUCUGAAAAUGUGGCGAUAAAGAAAUUGGAAAAAGAACCUGUAAAAGAAGAAAUUACAGAUGAAGUAACGAUUAAAAAACCAGUUGUUGAAGAGAGAAAAGAAGAAAUUAUAGAGGAAGUCACAUUAAAAAAGAAAUCGAAGAAAAAACCAGUCACAGAGGAAACUAUUGCUGAAAGAACUGUAAAGAAACCCGUUCCGAAAAAAGAAGAACAAGUACCGGAAGAAGUUUCUGAAAAAGUGGCAAUAAAGAAACCUAAAAAAGAACCUACCAAAGAAGAAACUGCGGCUGAAGUGACAAUUAAAAAACCAGUUCUUGAAGAUAAAAAAGAAGAAGUAGAAGAAAUCACAGAAGAAGUCACAUUAAAAAAGAAACCAAAGGAAAAACCAGUCACGGAGGAAACUGCUGCCGAAAUAACAGUAAAGAAACCCGUUCCGAAGGAAGAAGAACACGUACCGGAAGAAAUUUCAGAAAAAGUGGCAAUAAAGAAACCUAAAAAGAAACCUAUCAAAGAGGAAGCUGCGGCUGAAGUGACGAUUAAAAAAUCAGUCGUUGAGGAGGGAAAAGAAGAGAUAGAAGAAAUUACAGAAGAAGUCACAUUAAAAGAGAAACCAAAGGAAAAACCAGUCACGGAGGAAACUGCUGCCGAAAUAACGGUAAAGAAACCCGUUCCGAAGGAAGAAGAACACGUACCGGAAGAAAUUUCAGAAAAAGUGGCAAUAAAGAAACCUAAAAAGAAACCUAUCAAAGAGGAAGCUGCGGCUGAAGUGACGAUUAAAAAACCAGUCGUUGAGGAGGGAAAAGAAGAGAUAGAAGAAAUUACAGAAGAAGUCACAUUAAAAGAGAAACCAAAGGAAAAACCAGUCACGGAGGAAACUGCUGCCGAAAUAACGGUAAAGAAACCCGUUCCGAAGGAAGAAGAACACGUACCGGAAGAAAUUUCAGAAAAAGUGGCAAUAAAGAAACCUAAAAAGAAACCUAUCAAAGAGGAAGCUGCGGCUGAAGUGACGAUUAAAAAACCAGUCGUUGAGGAGGGAAAAGAAGAGAUAGAAGAAAUUACAGAAGAAGUCACAUUAAAAAAGAAACCAAAGGAAAAACCAGUCACGGAGGAAACUGCUGCCGAAAUAACGGUAAAGAAACCCGUUCCGAAGGAAGAAGAACAUGUACCGGAAGAAAUUUCAGAAAAAGUGGCAAUAAAGAAACCUAAAAAAGAACCUACCAAAGAAGAAACUGCGGCUGAAGUGACAAUUAAAAAACCAGUUCUUGAAGAUAAAAAAGAAGAAGUAGAAGAAAUCACAGAAGAAGUCACAUUAAAAAAGAAACCAAAGGAAAAACCAGUCACGGAGGAAACUGCUGCCGAAAUAACGGUAAAGAAACCCGUUCCGAAGAAAGAAGAACACGUACCGGAAGAAAUUUCAGAAAAAGUGGCAAUAAAGAAACCUAAAAAGAAACCUAUCAAAGAGGAAGCUGCGGCUGAAGUGACGAUUAAAAAACCAGUCGUGGAGGAGGGAAAAGAAGAGAUAGAAGAAAUUACAGAAGAAGUCACAUUAAAAAAGAAACCAAAGGAAAAACCAGUCACGGAGGAAACUGCUGCCGAAAUAACGGUAAAGAAACCCGUUCCGAAGAAAGAAGAACACGUACCGGAAGAAAUUUCAGAAAAAGUGGCAAUAAAGAAACCUAAAAAGAAACCUAUCAAAGAGGAAGCUGCGGCUGAAGUGACGAUUAAAAAACCAGUCGUGGAGGAGGGACAAGAAAAGAUAGAAGAAAUUACAGAAGAAGUCAUAUUAAAAAAGAAACCAAAGGAAAAACCAGUCACGGAGGAAACUGCUGCCGAAAUAACGGUAAAGAAACCCGUUCCGAAGGAAGAAGAACACGUACCGGAAGAAAUUUCAGAAAAAGUGGCAAUAAAGAAACCUAAAAAGAAACCUAUCAAAGAGGAAGCUGCGGCUGAAGUGACAAUUAAAAAACCAAUUGUUGAAGAGAAAAAAGAAGAAAUAGAAGAAACUACAGAAGAAGUUACAUUAAAAAAGAAACCAAAGAAAAAACCUGUUACAGAAGAAACCGCUGCCGAAAUAACUAUAAAGAAACCUGUUCCGCAGGAAGAAGAACCGGAAGAAAUUUCUGAGAAAGUAACAAUAAAGAAACCGAAAAAGGAAUUUAUCAAAGAAGAAGUCGCGGACGAAGUUACAAUUAAAAAAUCUGUUAUAGAAAAGAAAAAGGAGGACAUCGUCGAAGAAGUUACUUUUAAAUCAAAGCCAAGAAAAACAAUUACCGAACCGGAAGAAAUAUCAGAAGUGACUAUUGCCAAGCCCAUAGAGGAAAAGCAAAAACAAAAAGAAAUUACAGACACAUUUACGGAUAUAUUAUUAAAGAAAAAGAAACCAAUACCAACAAGUGAAGAAGUUGUUGUGAAGGAAUUAACUGUACAAAAAUUCGAGGACAUAGAAGAACCUAAAGAAGUAAUUGAAGAAUUUACAUUAAAACGCAAACCACCAAAAAAAGCACCAAAACCAAUUGAAGAAAUUUAUGAAGAUGUUACUUUACGUAAAUUACGACCAAAGAAAAAACCUAGACCGGAUAUCAAGGAAGUUACCGAAGUUGAAAAUGUGACGUUUAGACCACGUUCUACAAAAACAAAAGAAGAUGUGGAACAGGAGUUUAAAAUAUCAUUAAAUACAUACGAAGAAGAAGAUAUUUCUAUGUCCGGUAAAGUUCGUCUAAAGCCAAAGAGACGUCCGCUUACAUAUUCCGAAGAAACUGGAGAAGAAACAAUAAAAAUUAUUCAAGAAGUUGAAGAUGAUUCUGGACCAGUUAUUGAAGAGAUCAUUGAAUCAGAAGAAGAAGGUAAAGAAAGAUAUAGCGUUGAAGAGCUUGACAUUGACGAAAUGAGUAUACCCUUGAAACGAAAGAAAAAGAAACAAAAAACUCCGUAUACUGUAGAAGAAAUUGAAGAAAAUGAUGUCAAAGUAGAGUUAAAACGUGAUAGGAAAUAUUCAUAUGAGGAAACAGAUGUUGAAUCUUUGGCGCUGAAAUUGAAGAGCAAGAGACGUGUUUCUACGUACGAAGAAGAAGAAGCUUCUCUCAGUAUUACUAAAGAAGAAGAAAUCGAAGAAGCUGACGAAGUCGAAUAUGUUGUCCGUGACGGUGAUACAAUGUUCUCAAUUUGUUCUUAUGUGGCUGAAACGGAGGAAGCUAUAAAUUUAGUCGAAGGAGAAAAAGUUUAUAUUAUCGAUCAUACCAAUCAAGAUUGGUGGUUUGUAAAGAAACAUUUAACUGAAGAGAAGGGUUGGGUACCGGCGCAAUAUUUAUUGGACGAGGUGCAUUAUACUGUUUACUUGCAACGAAAAUUGCACGAAAAGAUUGAUAGAUUGCCAAUCUUUGAAAAACCAGCUCCAGGAGAAAAAGCUUCAGCACCAAAGUUUAUCGAAAAAUUGCAACCAAUCCAUACGCUAGAUGGUUACACUGUUCAAUUUGAAUGCCAAGUAGAAGGCAUACCAAGACCACAAAUAACUUGGUUUCGUCAGACAGCUAUUAUCAAACCAUCUAUUGAUUUUCAAAUGUAUUAUGAUGAAGAUAAUGUUGCUACCUUGAUAAUCAGAGAAGUAUUUCCUGAAGAUGCCGGUACUUUUACAUGCGUUGCAAAAAACGCUGCAGGAUUUGCAUCCAGCACUACUGAACUUAUUGUCGAGGCUCCUCUGUCAGAUCACGGAUCUGAUAUUACUGGUUUGUCAAGGAAAAGUCUUUCAAGAGAAUCGUCUCUUGCGGAUAUAUUGGAAGGUAUACCACCUACAUUUUCUCGAAAACCAAAAGCAAAGUAUGUGAACGAAGGUGAUGAUGUGAUACUGGAAUGCCGAUUAGUCGCCGUACCGGAGCCAGAAAUAAUGUGGUACUAUAAAGAUGCUCAGAUGGUUAACCAGCAAAACAUCGUGGUCGCAACUGAAAGCGAUAUGCACAUGUAUUGCAGUAUCGUAAAAAUUACCAAAAUUCAAAAGAGGCAAGAAGGAAGAUAUAAGAUUGUCGCUAAGAAUAGAGAAGGCGAAGCCACUAUCGAUAUUCCCGUAAAAGUAAAAACUGGAAAGAACGAGCCUCCCGAAAUUUUAGAGCCGUUGCAAUCCUACAUUGUCAAAGAAGGCGAGACUGUUAUUUUAUCAACUCAAAUAGUUGGUAAUCCAUCACCAAAAAUAACAUGGUAUAAAGACGGGAAACCGAUAAAGGACAUGCAACCAAAACAGGAUGGACACGUCAAUACGUUGAAUUUGAUUCAGCCUCAAAUAGUAGAUAGUGGAGAAUAUUCGGUGAUAGCUAUCAAUGAUGUGGGCAAAGCCGAGACUAGAGCAAUAUUGACUGUUGAGAAAGUACCGAGUGGCGCUCCAGAACCUCCUUUAUUCACUGAACGUUUCCAAGAGAUAGUUGUUCCUGAAAAAGGUACCUUUAAGUUAAUCGCCAAAGUAACUGGAAAUCCUAUCCCGGAAGUUAUUUGGCUCAGAAACAACAAACCGCUCGACAAAUCGCCCAAUAUCAUAGAAAAUUACGACGGUGAAAACAUCUUACUGGAAAUUAGAAACGCGGACUCCGAAAUUGAUACUGGAGAUUAUAAAUGUGUUGCCAGUAAUCCUGUAGGAAAAGCUUCACAUGGUGCAAAAGUUACGGUAGACGUUGCUAAAGUCUUUUUCACGAGAAAAUUGCAAAACGAAAUUACAGUUGACGAAUACAAAACUCUGGAAUUGAGUUGCGAGACGUCGCACACCGUUUCCACGGUGUGGUGGCACAAUGAUAAAGAGAUCAGCGGAAUGGAUCAUCGCGAGGUGAUUCAAGAAGGACGCGUACAUAGGCUACUUAUUAAAAAGAGUGGUCUUUCCGACGCAGGCACGUACAAAUGUACGGUUAAGAAUCAGGUGACGUCUAGCAAUGUUAUCGUUCGAGCCACCAAACCAGAAUUUAUCAAAAAACUGCAAGACUUUGAAGUAAAAGAACGCGACGUGGCAAUUUUGGAAGUUGAGAUCACGUCUCAAACGGCCGAUGUUACAUGGCGAAAAGACGGCGAAUUAUUAACACCGAGCAAGGGAAAAUUAGAAUUUGUGAAAGACGGUACCGUGAGAAAGCUUCUCAUUAGGAGCACAUCAGUUCAUGACGAAGGGGAAUAUACAUGUGCUCUUCCGGAUCAAGAAUGUACGGCAGAAGUUACGGUUGUUGAAUUGCCACCGGAGAUUAUUACCAAAAUGCAGGAUAUUACUAUAGCCAGAGGAGAGAAAGCGACCUUUGACAUAGAAUUGACAAAAGGUGACGCUUUAGUACGCUGGUUCAAAGACGACCAAGAGUUGCAAUUCUCCGAGCACGUGCGAUUGUCGAUCGAUGGCAAAAGACAAAAACUGAAAAUUUACGACACAGAAAUGGAAGAUGCGGGAAUCUAUUCUUGUCAAGUUGGCGAUCAAACUUCGUCAGCUAGAUUGACGGUUGAAGAGCCCGAAAUAGAUUUUAUUAAAAAAUUACCGGAUGUUACUCUAGUGCCUCUCAACACUGAUGCAACUUUCCUCAUUGAAUUGUCGCGUGCCGAUGUAUCAGUAACAUGGUUAAAGAAAGGAGAAAUAAUCGAUUGCGCACAAUCUCCAAAAUAUCACAUUAUUGAUGAAGGAAAUAUUAAGAAACUUAUCAUUAAAAAAUGUACGACUGAAGAUAUCGCUGAAUAUACUGCCAUAGUUGCAAAUGUGAAAACAUCAUCCAGAUUAAAAAUUGAAAUUAUUGAAACAUCGCCAAAAAUUAAUCCUGAUACGCCUAGAAGAUACAAAACGAUGAAAGGUGAUAAUAUUGAUGUUGUCGUGAAAUUCACGGCUACGCCAACUCCGACUGACGAGUGGACCGUCAAUGGCCGCGUUCUUAAAAAAUCCAAACGGAUUGUCACAUCUAUCGAUGAAUGUUCAGCCGUCUUGACAAUUAGAGAUGUACAAGAGAAAGAUUUCGGUGAUUAUAAUCUAAAAUUAACUAAUCCUCAUGGGGAAGAUGGUAUAGAAAUCAACAUCAUUGUCGUGCAGGUACCUGGAGCACCAGGAAUUCCAGAACCUCUUGAAAUAACCGACAACAGUGUUACUCUUCACUGGAAGAAACCAGAUUCAGACGGAUAUUCUCCAAUUUUGGAAUACGUUUUAGAAUAUCGCGAAAGGACGGAAUCUAAAUGGAGCAGAAUCAACGAGAUAAUAAGUGAAACUACGUACAAGUUGACAAACUUGACCACAGAUAAGGAAUAUACCUUCCGUGUGACAGCAGUCAACGAAGCCGGAUCGGGUGAGCCAUCGCCAAAUAUGCCAUAUCUAAAAAUUUCCAAGUUAUCGGCAUCUGAACCGCCAACCAUCCUGGAAGCGCUUAAAAGCAUCGUAAUCGGAUUAGGAGAGACUGUUACGCUUUCUUGCGUAAUCGGUGGUAUACCAACACCACAUAUUACAUGGUUGAAAGACGGUAAACCUUUUGAAGACAGUGACAUCACAUAUGAAAACCGCAUGGCCAAGUAUACGAUUCAAAGAACUACAGAGACAUCGUCGGCCACAUUUACGGUUAAAGCACAAAAUGAUGCAGGAAUAGCGGAAACAUCGUGUCAAUUAAAGAUUCAAGAAUCUCCGAGAAUUAUUUGUGAUGAAAACUUGAUGAAUCAGAGACUAACGGUGGGUGACAAAUGGAAAGUCGAAAUACACUUCAACGGUUUCCCAAAACCGAAAGUGGCGUGGACAAUAAACAAUAAAAAAAUAACUGAUAAACGCAUUUCCAUUGAGACUGAUGAAGAAAAAUCCAUUAUCAUGAUUCCUUCGCUGGUCAGAGAUGAUACGGCUGUUUACACAGCGGAAGCGACAAACGAAGCCGGUAGCUCAACCACCGAAUUUCAUCUCCGUGUUAUAGACAAACCGAGCAAACCUCAGGGACCAGUUGUCGCAAAGGAAAUUAGACAAGAUCGUAUUACCAUAGAAUGGCGACCACCGAUCGAUGAUGGUGGCGUAGAACUAGAAAGCUACACCAUUGAGAAAUGCGAAGCGAGUAAAAAAGUUUGGACAAAAGUAGGUGAUGUCGACAAAGAAGUCGAAAAUUUCUGCGCGCAGAAGUUGCAGCAAGACGUCGACUAUCUAUUUAGAAUAGUCGCUAGAAAUGCAGUUGGAGCUUCAGAGCCUUUAGAAUCCGAACCAAUUAGGACAAGGACUUCAUUCGAACCACCGGGCCCGCCAAGAGGACCGUUCGAAGUUUCUGGAAUGACGAAAACGUCGUUCACAAUAAAAUGGGAACCUCCAGAGAACGACGGCGGUACGCCUAUUACAGAUUACAUAGUUGAAAUAAAAGAGACAUCAAAGAAAGCUUGGCGAAGGAUUGCAAGCACAAAAGGGGAUGUCACAAAUGUUAUUAUAUCUGAUUUGAAAACGGAUACAUCGUACAAUUUCCGAAUAACAGCUAAAAACAGCGUCGGUGUCGGUCCUCCGUACAUAGUAGAAGAAGCGAUUACGGCUGGCAAACAACCGACACCACCUUCAUGCCCUCUAAAUGUCCGAGCGACCAAUGUUACGAGCAAAAGCGUAACUCUCAGUUGGUCAUCACCGGCUACCACAGGAGGAUCAGAAUUGACAGGUUACAUAAUUGAGAAAAGACCAUUAAUCGGAAAAGGUGCCCGAUGGACAAAGGUUGUCACUUUGGACGCUACAACGAAUCAAUACUGCAUAGAAAAUUUGAAAGAGAGCGAAUUUCUCUUUAGAAUCUUUGCUGAAAAUAGCGUAGGACUUAGCACACCGACCAAUUCCGAGCCGAUCACAUUGAAAACUCAUGCCAACGUUCCUUCACCGCCUACCGCUCCGUUAGAGAUGAGGCAAAUCGCGGCGAACACAAUGGUAAUCGAAUGGGGUAGGCCCGAGUCAGACGGCGGUGCACCUUUGGAAAGUUAUAAAAUCGCUAUUAGAGACGCGAAGAAGACUAUGUGGAUGGAAGUAGGCAGAGUGAGCGCAGACAUUCAGAAAUUGAACAUUCGCGACCUACAAGAGAAUCACGAAUACCUCGUGAGAAUUUUCGCACGAAACGAGAUCGGAUUCAGUGAUCAUCUGGAAUCGGAAGAACCAUUUAAGAUCGUGCCGACCUCAGAACUAUCAUUCGUAGAACCGAUCGCUGAAGCUAUGGACAAGGGCGAGACUGCAUCGAUCAGCUUCAGCACAGAAAACACGAGUUCGUGGUUACGGGAACAUAAUAUGGACGCUGAUAUACAUUCAUACGCGAGAGCGAGAUUACUUAGGAAAGACGAGUACUUCUUUCGCAUCUGGCAUUAUGCUAAACAGCUGUUCGAAUAAGCAUUUGUAUAUAUAUAAUUCUGAACAUUUAUAUCUCAUAGCCGUACUGUUGUAACAGAUAUAAUUGAUCUUUUCCGCAUAUUCAAUUUUUUUCUUUUCUUUGCUAGAAAGUUAUAAUAAUGAAUCCAUCUAUGCAUGUAUGUCUGUCAGCGCACGACAAUGCCAUUGAUUAAUUCCUCUAUAAAAUCAAUUGUGUAUACCAAUUAGAAAUUAAGAUUCAUACAGAGACUGGACGAAUGCUUAUAGAGUGCUAAUCUAGUCAGGAUGAAAUAAUCUUUUGUUUAAUAUCUAUCAGAACACUCAGGAAAUGUAUUAAAUAUUAAAUGUAUACACGAGCCAUUUGCUUUUUAUUUUAAUGCAUUUCAUUGCUUUAAUAAAGUUUCAACAUUUUAUGCUCGUGUAUUAGUUUCAGAAAAUUUAUAUUUUAUAGAUUAGCAAAGAUCCAUUGAUUUAGCAUUAUUAAAGUUUUAUCCACGACUAGCGAGACAAACAACAAAGCAUUAUAUCUCCAUAUUUAGAAUUCUCAAAAACUUGGCAUUCUACACUUAAUGAUGUACUUAUAAUAAUUAUGUGACUUACGUAAUGUUCGUUUCUACUUGUAUAAGACAAAGUCACAAUUUGCGAUGGUAACCUUAGUAUUUAUCCUUCAAGCAUAUAUUUACUGUUUCCUGUUACUAUUAUCAUUAUGUACUUAAUUCUGAUAAUAUUGUAAAAAUAUGAUCGAUACAUCAAGAUUAAUGAAAUGAAGAAAUACCACGCGUACUUGGUAAUAUGAGACGUAAAAUAUAGGUGCCAAUAAUAUCUUUGCAAAUAACCAACUACGUGUCGUAUACUUCACGUUAUUUUAUGUUGUAAAAUAUUUUAUUUAUCGAUUAAAUUAUCAUGAAUUAUGGCUCAAAA